GCUGCGGCUCCAUCAAGGCUCACUUGUGGGUUAUAAAUAUUAAUAAUUCUAAGUUAAUUAACAUAACACCUGUUGUGUGUGGCUUUGAGUCAAGAGUCCUCUUAAGCACCAAAUUUGAAUUUCAUUAGAGCUUUUGUUCUGACCAGAGGCACUACAUGAUAUAAACUGUGACAUAUUAAAAUGAGUGGAAGCAGACGAAGACUUUUCUGGGUGCAGUAAAACCUGUUAAUAAGUGCUUUGACCCUGAAUUAUAAGGUUUAUUAGUUGGAGUAACUGAAUUAUCUCUUUUAUUGAGGGGAAUAUGCUCUGAUUAUUGUGCGCUCAUGGUUCCUUUCAUGCAGAGGAACUUCUUAUCUCUCCUUAGAUGAUGACUGUUUCCUUUUAAGAAUUUCAUAAGCUACUUCUUACAUUCACUUGAAGAAGGUUGUUAUAACUGGCGGAUCUGACUGUAGUUUGGUUAUAUUUAAUGUGCUCGGUGAGAGAACAGCUCUCAGAGCACAGUUGGCAGGCUUGCACUAAAUAAACUAGACGUCUUCACAUGUCUUUUGCAGCAAAACCAUUCCCAGUUUGUCUUUUGCGCCUCCUUCUGCUGGCUCUAAAAAGAUUUGUUUGCACAGGAUAUAGAUAAGAACCAAACUGCCUCUCCAUUCAAAAAAAUCCAGGUGGUUUGGACUCGGGGCUGAGUUGCGCGCAGGUUUCCUUGGGAGAAAGAUGGACAUAUAUGAGGGUCAUGUGUAAUGUGUAACUCGUGUUUCUAUCAGUUUUAGAUGAGCGCAAUUUUAACUGUGAAAAACUGUUGUUUAUUGUGUCUGUGUUGCUUUUGGGGUUGUAGAUUUGUGGUUACUAUUCCUGGUAUGAGCAGUAGCUACAGUAGUCUCUACCGGUUGGUGACACAUUGGCAGCCAGUGCGUCCAUGCGUAGCUCAGGCAGGGAGGAUGCUGGUGUUUAGAGAGACAACCAGUUGCUCCCCAGCUGUCACAGUAAAAGUGGAGCCUCCCCAGCGCACCGACGGAUGAACAUCCCCGACCUGUUGCCUCUGCGAGAAGACAUCUAGACCUGCGUUUUCGACGAGUGCCAAGGAAAGAAAGAAGUUGAUUUUUCUAUUAGUGAGAGGUCGAAGACGUUGCCAUGAGGUGUAUCGAUGUUUUCGUUUUUUAUCUACGUUUUGAAUAGCAGAAGGAAGAGGAGCGGAGUUGGUUGUGGGGGGUCUACCUCCUCUUUGUGGAGGUGCGUUUGUCGGUGAAAUCUUUCUCUGUCUCUGGGCUCUAAGGAGGUAGACCAUGGUCGAACUGGAAAAGGAGGUUCUCCCGCUGCCCCCUCGGUACCGGUUCCGAGACCUGUUGCUCGGGGACUGGCAAGCCGACGACAGGUAAGGAUGCAAUGUCGUUUACGCACGGCGCACUGAAUCUGUUGCGCAACUGUGCGCCAUGAGAGCAUCAUUCUCCCCUGUCUCCAAAGAACUUAUUUGUUCUGUUCUCGCAUUUUCUCUCUGUGAUCCUGUUGAUUCAAGUGCAUGAAUGUGUUGGAGUAUUUCACUGCCAGCUUUGCACUCGUUGCCAUGGGUGCUGCAACAGGUUUACUCGUUGUCUUGUGUGCUAAUACAGUAGUAAGAGCACAAGCAAUAGACUUCUUCAAACAAAUCAGAGAGAGAUUACUCAAGGUAGUCUUUUAGAAAUGUUAAUCUAAUUUCUAGGCACAGAUUUUGGGUAAGUAUGGCGUGCCAAAUAAAAUCCUCUUGGUGGUGUCAAUCAGGAAGGAUAUGAAGCAUAAGAGAGAAGGAAAGAUGAUUACAUUUCUCGAUUUAUGUCACUCCUCAUACCUUCAUUCCUUGGAAUUUCAAAGACCCUCUGCAACCUGAACAGGAGAUUUAAAAUGGGUGUUCUCAGUAACUGGCUAUUAACCUUUGACUACACUCCAUUUGCAGGGCAGAGGGUUCAGCCUGCUAUAUGAUAUGCAUUGCUUAAUUUGGUCAUUUCAUUAAGCUGUCUAAUGGAAAUCCUUAACCCCUAUUUCACGCAUGGGGUCUUUUUUCGCCAUAGGUAUAAAUCAGAACCAAAAUUAUUGGUUGACCCCUGCAGCCAUUUCCAGUCUGAUUAUUGGAGAAACUUUCAAUUAGCAUAAAGAGAUCAAUGUCAGUCAAGUCAUUGGCAGGAAAUGCUGCUGAGACGUUGCUGCGUGCCCCUAAUAUCGACAUGUCAAUAUCGGUUGUUGAAACUAUGCAAAACAUCCAGUGUCUCACUUUAGUGUGAAAAAAACGUGUCGCUCUACUGUAUAUCUGAACUGUCAGAGCAGCUAUUCUACACAGCUGAGUCCAGAAUGGGUCCGUACACUCUGAUCAUGCUCCCCUGACCUUCUGUAAUUUGUCAGUUAUUGCCCAAGGACUAAUGUAUCUGAACCCAAGUGCAGGUGGAUCUCAGCCACCUGGUUAUGGGUGUUCAGUGACAAGGAGGGUGGGCGAAUUUUUCUUCGAACGAAAGAUCACCACCUCAUCAACCAAAAAGCAAAAACAUAAACCAGAUCACUAAAUGUUUGUGUAUAUGUGUACAUUUUGUAUGGUUUUAACUAAAUCUGCUGGUUUAGAGGCAGCUCAGACUUUUCAAAAGAGUUGCACAUCUUUGUUGGUGCCACAGAUCUGCUAUGACACCCUCUCUAAACACAAGAUUUGAUGAGUGUUUUCAGGGAUAUCCUGAUGUCAAUCACUUCAAAAGCUCUGGCAAGUUCUGAGAUUUAAAUACAGCUUGCGGGGGCUGUUUGUGUGUUACAUUUACUUGUCAUAGCACCAUCCGGAAAUGUGCACACACUAUCAGUCUACCCUUCUAAGUAUGAUUAUUCAUAUCUUAGCAAAGUAGAUAUUGAGUUUGUUGUAUCUCAAGUUUGUGUGCAUGCUUUCUGCCAAGACACUGUUGAGGAAAAGGGGGCCAAGUUGUUGAUCUCUAUAUCCAGAGGGUAUUAUAUAGCCUGAUUAGGAAGCAAGCAGGUGAUUAAAUUAAUAGAGACAGAAAUCCUAAUUACACCUGCUGCAUCAAACAGUGUGUCUGUCGUAAUCCAUAAUUUAAGGAGGAAGGGCUUUUGUGCAGCAUCCCCAUAGAAGCAGGCGCAUGGAUGUGGAUGUGUACGGUGUGUUUUUCCAAUCAAGAAAAAAGGGCACAAACUAAUCCAAAUGUCAAUACGUGCAUGCAUAACGUAUCACUCUGACACAUAUGGUUGCACUCCGCUCUGGGAGGACAUCACUGAGUCCUAUAAUACCUCUUCUGUCACCCUCUGUAGGCCUCCCUCAUCUCCUCCUCUCCUCUCUGCUUGCGUCCCUCUUGGUGUGUGCACAUGUGUGUGUGUCUGUCUGUCCAUAUGUGGCCCUCUUUUAACAUCCUCCGCUCCUUGACAUCUUACCUCUGAUUGAAGUGCCUCCAAUACCAUGCUUUCCCCCGUUCUAAGAGCCCUCCUGUAACUCAGAGAAAUAUGUUUUGCUGUUGCUUUUGAAAAGGUUCUCAGGUGAGGCAAUUUUCAGCACAGAUGUUUAAAGAUGGGAAUUGAUUUAAAAACGUAUUUCACCCAGAGAGAGAUCCUCUGUCCUUUUGAUUGUGCUUUGAUUAUCUGUUAAGCCUCUCGACGACUUAAGUGUUUGUAUUUUGUUUACCUGUGUUCUCGGGUGCUAUCGCUGGAGUGUGAAGUUGUUAAAGUAUGCUUUUAAUAAAUACUUCAACUGAGCGGGUCUUUGUCUCAGGAUUAAGCUAAUACAACACAGAUCAGCAACAGAUAAGAUUGUUUCUGUGACAACCAACCUCAAUUUUUUUGUGAAACUGGAACAAAUAAAGAAUAGGUUUGGCUCAGCUUUUACAGUACUGCAAAAAAAAACUGAGUAGCUCUCUGUCCCAGACACAAAAAUUUGGGUCGUAAUGGUCAAUUUUCUUUGAUUUUGCACACACCAUAUAGCUUCAUCGCUGCAUUUGAAUUGUGUCUAAUAAUUUAAUAGAUUUAUGUCAGCAAUGACAAUACUGUUUUGUUGACACCUACUCUAUUUAUAUUUUAAGUGAGUCAGAGGCUUCUGUUUUGAGGGAAUGCCAUACAAUGAAACAAUGAAAUACAAAAUAAUCAUGAUAUAAUUGGGUUGCUGUUUAGAAAAGGUUAUGAUGAGCUCUGAUAGAUCCCUCUUUUUUGGUUUGUUAAGCGCGGCAAUCUGACUUUGUUUAGCCUGGUUCAACCUGUGAAGUAAACCGGCUUUGUUUGUCCCUGCCCUUUCUUUGACAAAUACACUUUCUGCCUUUUUCUACUUCCUGCAAUGUUGUGUUUCAUGCGAGCAUUUAUUAUGUUGAAGCACUGUAGAGCAAUAUUCCCCUCUAUUUAGAGUAUUCUCAGAGAGGCCCGUAAAGACCCACAACUCACAGCACAGCUCCGUUUGGAUGUCUAAUGUGUUAGAAGAGAAAUGAAAAUACAACAAAGUCUCCAUUGCUCCACAAUAGAAAGCCUCAGCGGGAGCUUCCCUCCGAGUCCAGGAUUAUCAUACAAAUGACAGCCUUUUGUCCUUAGAACAAUCUUUUAUUGGCUGUCGCCUCCACAUUUUCUCUCACUCAAUCUUUGUCGAAGUCUACUCUUUACCAUCCUUUCCCUAGACGCUCUGACUCCCUCAGACUCCCCCCUUAAUUCCUCUUGUCAGGCCUUAAUCUCUAAGGGCCAAUGUAGAGCAUGAUCCAUCAAUAUCGUCAAUAUUCAUACCAGACUUGCUGUAACUUCAUGAUAAGGUGCAUGCCCGAGUCCUUAAAGGAGCCUUUUAGAACUUGCGGAACGUCCGGUCUUAUCAAUAAUGAGAUAGUUUAGAAACUCUGACAGCGAACUCACAGGAAUUGUAGGAUGUGUGCAUGUAUUAUGCAGAGCCCAAGCCGGCAUAAAAGAGGGUUAUUAGAAAUACAGAUGGCUUGUAUGAUGAGAGGAGUAACUCUGUGAAAGGUGUUUUUAUCAGCUUCAAGGCUGGGUGAGAUAAGAGGGAUAAUGAGGAAGCAUGUCAACCCUGUGGCUUCUUUCAUGAAAGAAAGUGUUAACAUGUCGUCAUAGCAGUUUAGUGCUGCUUAUAAACAGGUAAAUGGAAGUUGCCAUUCAAAACUCAGGGUAGCUAAUGGGAAUUACCCUGAUUCUGCUGAGUGGAUGAGGAAGCUGAGUGUCUGUGGUAUGUCGACUUAAUAGACUGAAGCAUUAGGCCUGGUAAAUGUCCUUUUAUUUUAAUUAGGAAAGGCUUUAUAUUCAACGUGCUAAUUAAAGGAAAGGUUACCAGUAGACCUAUAAGCUCAAAGCAGUCACAUUUUUGCUGUUAAAUUCUGUACAUGUGUACGCAGCGCUCACAAAAAUCUCACACUGCUAUCCCUUUUAAUGUAUUAUACCCAGUAUAUUCACAUUCACAGUUAAAGCUCCUGUGAGGAGUUUAAUGAUGUUUAUUGAAUACAUUGAAAUUCACAUUGAUGUGUUUUCCUGAUAUGAAGUUACAAGAUUGUAGAUUUUGAUACCCUUAUUUUUUUAUGUCUGAAAUGGGUGUGAGGGAGCAGGUGUCCGUUUUUUAAACCAUCCACAUCAACAGUUCACAACAUUUUAAUUACAUAUUUUAGUGUCAAAAGUCAACAGCAUGAGAUCACUACUCGAGUAUUUACAGGAUAAGACAAGCAAAGACUAUUGUGUCCAUUGUGGGGGCGCCACGAUGGACAAAAACCAAGAGUUCCUCACAGUAGCUUUAAGUUGAGCCCCUCUCAUCCCUUCUUCUUCAGCUGAGGUUUUACUUACCUAACUAUCAAUGCUGUUAACUUCCACAUCAAAGCCUGAAGGGCAAACUGUGGAGCAUGUGUUGAAUGUUCAGGCAGGUUUCAGAACGAUUGAAGUGUAAAUUAGUGAUGGAUCAGUUUACUCGUUGACAGGGCUGAUAAAUAGCGUUUCUUAAUAAUCUGCAUCCUAUCGGCAUCAACCCUCACAAAGCCGAUCUCACCAUUAUGCUUUUCGAACUCAAACCUCAACUGUGUAUCUACUGUGUAUGUUAGACCGGCUAUGAAAAAGUCAAUUUAGCAUGAUUUCAUUUUUAUAUGUUUCUUAAUAGUCCAGUUUGAGUCUGAUAAACCUAACAAAUCCAUCUUUUGAGAAACAAGUAAUGCUGCUUUUGAGUUACCGCAGAGGUCAGAUGUCAGAGCGUUACCAGCGUUUCAGUUACCAAGUCGGACAAAAGCAAAAUCAGAGGCCUGAAACAAGAUGGCUACAUCUACGCAAGUUAUUUUAGCGCUUAUAUUCAGACAAGGCAAGCGCUAAAGGCACACUCGGGUGUGACGUCAUUUUCAGCUCCGACAUCUGACUCCCAAGGUAACUCGAACACACCAUAAACUUCUUCUAACUCAGAAUCUUUGCUUUGAAAAUGACAGUAAGGACCGGCUGUUUCUUCAGCAUCCUUUGAAUUGUCUCAUCUGAAACCUACCCCCUCACGGUGGUUACAGAUAUUAGAAUAAUUAUAUAGAAUCAGCCAGAGUUGUAGCUGAUAGUCUUGUAUGCUUUUGUAGGACAUAAAGGGGCAUUACGGUGAAUUUCAGCCUGUUUUAUAACCUGCUACAGAUUUCUCGCAGGAGCUAUAAACUACAACUUGACAUGCAUUAUAGUGGGAUAGAGGAUUCAUUCUGUAUAUAGUUCGGUGAACAUGAACCUCAGCAACUCGUGUGUCCUGUAAAAAGUUGUAGAGUCAUAAUAUUUAUUUGUACAAGUUUUCCGUGUGUUCAAGCCCCAGAUCUCUUGAAUUUUUUGAGCCACUACAAAACUAUACAUUGAAUUCCCUAACCCCCGCCCCCUUUCGGUAACAUGCGCACUGCCAACACUUUAAAAGCCUUCCUGCUGUGGUACUAACACAGCCGUGGGGCUGACUAGCAUGUGUCGGAGCACUUCUGGGCUCUAGCAGUGUGCAAUGUUCCUGAAAGGCUUUGUGUUAUCAGGGUGGGGGCAGGGGGGCUCCUGUGUCACGCUGUUGUUAAGGAUCACAAACCUCUUUUCCCAAACUGUGUUAGCUUAGUGCGCCGCAGGAUUUUCAAAUCCAUGCUGCCUUGGAGACACCGGGAGGGAACGAUGAGAUGAUUUCUCUCAUGUUUCACUCCUUCAGCAAUGCAUGUCAUUGAAGAUGGCUCUGGAACAGAUUGAUAUCUCCAGAUUUGAUCAUAUGUUAAAUGUCUGCUCAGAUCUGAGGCUAAUGAAAUCUAAAGGAACAGAGAGAUUGAAUGUCAUUGCUUGGAUUUGGAUAGAGUGGUGUGCCAAAACCGUAUUUUAUUUCAGGCUUUGAGGGACGGAUGGAGUGGGAGGGGGGCAUCUUAAGCAAAUCAUGGACCCAAUUAUUGUAUUUAUGUGAAUCCACUUGCUAUGAAGAGCUGAAAAGCUGUUGCUUUCUGUUUUUCUAUCAUCUUAACAAAGGAGACUGCGUGAAUGUGUCAAAGGAUCCUCCCAGAAGCAAUAAACGUGAAUGAUGUGUUCAGGAAAGGAUGAGGCAAAGCUGGCUUACGUCAGGGAGCAAGGAGAGAGAGAAAUGAUUUGAGCACUUCCGUUGAUGCUGUACGGAAAGUUUGAAUCCAUGGGAACCCAAGGAUAGUCCAGGAAAUGGCUCUGAGAACAGGCUGCACACUUACUUACCGUCAUUAUUCUGUGGGGUACAUUACAAAUCUCUUGCACAUGAUGGCUGUCAUUUCCCCGCUGGUGUCGGCUCGUGGUGUAGACAGAUUACCGGAGGCCACAGACAUAUAUACUUGCAUAUACACUUCAGAGUAAAUUGGUCCUGUAAUGGGUUGGCGUACCUGGACAGAGAUGAAAUGAACAGUACAGAAUAGACUCUUUGAAAGUCUUUGUCAUCGUUAAGUUAUUAGGGAAGCAUCUGCCUGAUUCGUUGAAGUGUUGCGGUCAAUUUCAUGGCAGCGGUGAGUGGCUUUUUAAAAAAACAGACAAUCUUUUCAUCUGACUCUUCAGUCAGCAUGAACCUCUUCACUGUCAGCUCUCAAAAGGGAAAUUCUGCCUUUUGACAAGAGAGAUAAAACUUCAUAGCAGGGAUGUGUUCACAUAUUCUCAUUUUUUUCUUACUUCUUCUCCACCUGCCAUUAGCACAGCCUGAUGUGUGUGAUGGUUGUGAAUCUGGGUCAGGGACGAGCUGUCCUGGCCACCAUUGGUUGGAUGAAAAACGGUACACCUUGCCUCCUUAAGCUGUUAUGGCAACCCUGCAGUGAUGUGUGAUUUAUUUGCCUUUUGUUAUACUAUUGAAUUUCUCCAGCUUCAUUUGCAGUCAGUGUAUAUCAUUGCUGUGUUUCUUUUUCUGCCCUCUCUGGCUUUAGGUCACUCUUUUUAGCUGUGUCCUCUUUUCUCAUUGAACGUCCUCGGUUUAUGAACAUCAUUAUAUCUUCCAAGGAUAGGUGUUCAUGUCUUUUAUUUCAGCGACUAGGACAAGAUUCUUUUUAAGUAAAAUUUCCAGUGCUGUCUGUCUGGCUGUUAAAUUUUCAUUCAUCUUGGACUGUCUUGUCCUUGCAUCCUCAAACGAAACAAUAGCAAUGACAGUCCACAUAAUAAGAUUCAGACAUCUUCUGUCUGAAUUUAUACCCAUAGUAUGAUUGAUUUUCCUUUUUUACUUGAGUUUUAUCCCUCUUCUUUUCUCACAGAAUGUCUCAGUAUCAGUUGUAUAUUUAAGGGGUAACACUUUUCAAUAACCAUAACUUAUAAAUGGUAAAUAGACCAUUUAUAAAUGUUAAGCAGAUAGUUUAUCAAUGUUUAAUCAUCAUUUAUAAAUAGCAUAUACACCAUUAAUAAAUUGUAAAUUUUACAAUUUUAAAAACCUAACCCUAACCCUAAAUUUACAAUAACCACAUAAGUAAUGUUUAUAGAUGGUUUAUAAACCACUUAUUAAUCAUUUACAAAGUAUUACAAACAUCAGUUGCAACUUUACAAUAACCAUCUAAGAAAUUAUAGAUGUUUUCAAAACCAAAUAUUAACCAUUUACAAAGUGCUACUGACACACAUUUUAGUCUAGAUGUUUUAUAAACAAUAUUUAAACCCUAUAUAAACCUUUAAUAAAAAGUCCAUUAAUAAUUAAUAAAAAUUAUUAAUCAUAAUUUAAUUGUUUGUUAAUGGUAAAAAAAACCCAUUAACUUACAUUAAUAAACUAUCUAUUUGCCAUUUAUAAUUGGUCUAUAUGCUGUUUUUAAAUGAUGAUUAAACAUUAAUAAACUAUCUAUUUACCAUCGAUGAAUUAUGGUUAUUGUAAAGUGUUACCAUUUUAGGCUCAAUCAAUGUUAGUACCAGUACAGGUUAUAAUCUAGUUGAAAAGAAGAAGUAGUCAUUCAUCAGACCAAUAACCAAUAUUUGAAACUGAUAGUAAAACUGAAAACUUUCCAUCAAAAUUAAAAAUUUGGAAUAUUUAGCAAUUUUUUAAUCAAAACUAAAAAUUCAACAUACAAAAUUACAAGGUAACUAGUUGCAUUUAUUACAAGUCUAUCGCAUCGACUUGUGAUGCGAUAGACCAGUCAGAUGGUGUUAUGGGCUGGACAUGAGGUGACAUAUUAGUGUAAGACAGCAGACCCAGAGUAGAAGAGACACCAAAGUUGCUCAUUUUCCGUGAAAUAAAAGGCUGCCACAGAUAAUCACCUAAAUGCAGAAUACUGACCCCGGUAAUUGGCGAGGGCCGACAAUUAGUCUGUCUCCAGUAUGUUUGUUCAUUUCCAAAUGUAAGUCGAAAUUUUCUGAACUCCGACUUGUUUCCUGUUUUUGAUUAUAAUGAGGGCUGUCAGGGCGUUUGAAAUGCAAUUAAGGUCCAAGAGUAGCACUUUUAAAAAAAAUCUCUUGCACUUUAGUCCCUCUCAGCAGACCAUCGUUAAACCGCCACAGCAUCUUCCUGGUGCUGCCACCAUGAAAAAUAACAACACCACUGCUCCAGUCAAAAGUCAUAUGUGCUUUGCAGCCGUGGAAAAAUACACAGCUUCAUAACUGAGAAGGUUUUCACUUUACAACCUUCUAAACAAACAAAUAAGACAAUUUAAGUCAUCGUCAGUUGGCAGUCUGUUCUGCUUUUAGGGAAUAAUAAAAGAGAGAAAUUGAAUAUGGAUGAAAACCUGGCUGAGAAAAUGGUACAGAUGCAACUUAAAGGCUUUGCAGCGUGUUAGCGUGCUAAAUUAUGCUAAAUCAAGUUUGUGAUGCUUCUCAGUCUGCUCCUCUGAUUGAUUUUUGCAGGAAGUCAGUCAGUGUUGGUCUCAUCUUAAAUCACAGAUGUCACAUGUUUGAUGACUGCAAUCCCAGGUCGGGGAGAUUCAACUAAAUCAUAAGGAGUAAAAUAGUCACAUAAACACCCCAUUUGAGGAUUAUCUGGACUAUUGAUAAGUGAUUAUGAGAAGCUUUUAGCCAGGCCAUACCUCCCCAAACAUUAGAGGAGGUAAACUAGGUCUUAAAUGGGGCCUAAAAUCAUCUUGUAGGGCCAACCUCAGAUUGGGAUCCUUGAGACAUAUUCAGGUUGGCAUGUUAAGACCAGCUAUGUGCCUUACUUUCCUGAGGAACAACGGGAACAACAACAACAGCUAAUCUGGAUCUUCUGAAAAGUGCUAACACUGUUGCAUUAAUCAGAGAUCACUGGAUGUCAGUGAGUGAUCGAAAUUAUCUCAGAAUAACUGCACGACAGAUUCACACUGAACAGAUGCUUGAAAAGAAAAGAAAAAUAAACAGUGAAGCUGUCUGCUCAUGUCAUCGGACAAUGGUAGCAGUGCAUUUCACCACAUUGAUUUAACUCCUGAAUUAGUACGCUGGUAAGAAUUGCUUUACAUUGUUAAUAUCAACCAUAGACUGUAUAUAGAAUGGACGCCAUCUGCCUCCUCACUGGGUGAAGCCACCACAAGGUCAUGAAUCCCACCUCCUCCAGCAAUCCCUAUGGAGCUGUGGAGAAACUUUAGAAAUCUAUUACAAGGAAUAUAAAUGUUUCUCCCCCCUGCUUGCGAUGUUGACAUGUAGUUAUUGUAAGACUGUUUGUGCUCAACUCCUCUUUUUUUUUCUGUGCAGCUCCAUUUCUAAAAAGUUAUUAGGGGGUUCAUGUUUUCUAUGAUUGACACUUGAUACAGCCUAUGUGCAUAUUAAGCUUGCGUAGCUCACCCGGGGGAUACGCUGUUUGAGCCAAGCAUCAUCACAGCGACUCUCGGCGACUCUCCCACCGAAUGCGCACAAGUGGCGGUUCCAGGUAGUGGAGAAAAUCCCGGAAAUACUGAGAGCAAUUCAGCUUCAAAUACGGAAAAUGAUGGAAGGCAGUCUAUGAUAACAACUUAAAAACAGAUCUGAAAGGCAAACUAGAGUAGAGAUUUAAUGUAAUAUAAUUUAACCAUUUGGACUCAUAGAUGAAUAGAUGGACAGCUCAGGUUACAACAAAUCAAAAUAGAUGUUGUGGAAGUUUCAGCAAUGCAUUGUGGGUUGGAUUUUUUUGGUUUACCUUAUUUUUUCUUCUUCACUGGUAAGCCUACUAUUUCUGAGCUCUGUGCGGAGGCUGUGAUGAAGCGAUGCCAUACUAUUGUGAGCAUAUAGAUUUGGGUUUCUUUAGUCUCUUCCACUGUGUCAUUAGAUGGCCAGUGCUGUGUCAUUAUGAAGCAUCGGCAUGGGUGGAAGCAGCAGGAGAGCGAGGUUCAUCUCUCUAUCUCUCUCUCUCUCUCUCUCUCUCUCCGAGAUCCUCCUCCUCCGCAUGUCCCCCUCUGUCUUUCUGUCAGUUUGUCUGGGUCUAUGUAACUGUCUGUAUUUUUGUCUGCUCUCUCUGUCACACUUCAACUCUCAGAGUGUACAUGCAAAUGUGAAAAUGCAAAGUGUGUCCCCAGGCUGAGGUUUGAAAUGUUAUGCCAUGCCCCUCUCCAUUCAUGUGCUAUUAUCUCCAGCUGUUAACGCUGCUCUAUUUGCUUUAUUAGAGCCCAUGAGUGGAAGGCUAUGCCUGACUCAAAGUUAACAUUUUAGUAAACCUUUUUUUUUUCUCUCCAUACAACGACAUGGUUGUUUCUUUACUAAUAUAUGUACAUUUUUUUUCUGUGCUCAGUGUCCCUCUGUCAAAAAUAAUCCCAUGAUUUGUUUUCCCUGUGAUUGUUGGUGAGCCUUAGGGGUGCUGGUGUGUGGCUAUCGCCCAAAGGUGCCAUUGCGAUGUGCUUGUGUGUCCUCUGUUUUUAUAUAAUGCAUUUUAUGAGUUUUUAAUGUGUUUUCUCCCCCAUCCUCCCCUUAGAUUUAAGAUCCAGACUCUCAAUCUGUCCAACAGCUCAGCGCUUUAUUGGGCUAUAUAUCCACUUUACUUUUCACUCUCGGUCGUACACUCAAGUGGAAAAGUCCUCAUUUAGAGAAACACAUCAGGGGCAAAAUGACCUCUGAAAUUACCCUUCUCUUGAGUCGUGGUUCCCCUUCACCUAGUUUGGAGAGGCUUUAAGCACCUCGAUAAAUGAAAACACACAUCAAUAGCUAGACUUAAGAGAGCGUGUCUACUCUUGUUUGUUGACAGUCAAAAACAGCAUUGGAUGUCUUUAAUUAUGCAAAACUUUACAAUUGAAACGAACUGAUUGAGACACUACAACCUUUAUUUUACUAACGUGCAAAGGUAGCGAUUUCUGCUGUACAGUGGGGUGUUGAUUUGCAUACUGCGAGUCAAGAAACUGCAGUUUUGAGCCCUUUCUGAGUCGGGCUGCCACUUUCAUUCAACACAUGUAAAAUGAAUUCAACAGAAGGAGUACUGCUGCCAUCUUCUACAUCUUUUAUAACAUCACUUGGAUAUUGUUCUUCGAGAAAGGUUAGUUAGAGAAAUUGAAUCAUCUUGAUUACAAAAGUGGAGUUAUGAAUUUGUUAUAUGAUUCUUGUUUUCUAAUUUAAUGUGCACAAGAGAGGUAUAAACAAACGUCUGUAAUACUAGAGGAGAGAUAUAAUUGUAACACAAUCUUUGAAGAUGGGAUUGAGAGAGUUGUGACAAACUGAAACGCUGACUGAGUUUUACUUAUUAAGCUGCUGUUAGACAUGAAGAUUUUUUGUCUAUCUGCCUGUUUUUUUUUUCCAACUUUUAGAGUUGGCAAAACUACAAUAUAAUAUUUGUGGAGUUUUGUGCAAAUAUUGUAAAUGCAACUGAAUUUUUCAGUAAUCUAAGCAGGACAUAAGGCAUUUUUCUUUUAGUUGGGGUCUAAAUUUGAUCUCAGCAUCCCUGGAAAAUACAUUACAGCUGUAUUUUAGAUGUACUUUGUAUAUCUUAUUCAUAUAUUUGAGUGACAUAGUUUUGGCCAUGGAAGCAACAAAGAGCAGUCAGUUGCAGAAGUGACUAAAACAUACAGAUAUUAAAUAUUAUAAGAUAAAUAUACUUCUUAUAUCUGCGCUGAGUAAAGCUCUGAUGAGGAAUUGUGAAACAGACUGAAAUUCAUAUUCAUGCCUUUCUAUGAUGAUAAAAACAAACAAUAUCAUUAGCUCUAAGGCUGACAGUUUUUAUACUGUACUUUUUUAUGCCUCAAACUGGUGUGAACAGUUGGUGUCAGCUGCAGAAACAGCCCUGUUUUUACAGUUUGCACAUAAAAUAUUCACAUUAAAUAAUACAUUUGACUGUCAAAAGCCAGCAGGAUGAGUUUUCGCUCUGUGGGACACUGUUGUAGCAUUUAAAAUACACAAUAAGCACAGAGACUGAUUUAUCUGGAAGGAGGUGACAAAACUGACACAAACCAAAAGUCCCUCAUCGGAUUAUUAAUGAUAUUAUCUUUUCUUAAUUCAGGUAGUUAUGUCCUGUGGCUUGCCAGCUAAUGUUAGUUAUGAUUUGUUUACUGUUAGGGCUGUGUAAACCUUAAAUCGGGUAGAGGGCUGACAAGUAGCUAGACACAAAAUUCUAAAUAACAUGUAAGAAAGCAGAAAAACACUGAAGUUAAAAAUGCGUGAAAAUUGGUUGAAAUGCUGUUUCAGUGGAGGGAAAAGAGAGAGAGAAUAUAAAGGAGGGGAAAAAAAGUACAUUUAAUUAACAGUGAAUACACUAUACUAAAUUAUCAUAUCACAGUAUCAGAUUAUUGCUAUAUUACGAUCAAAUAAUAGAAGCAUGAGGCAUUAAUUAAUCUAUCAAUCAUGACCUUGAUGAUAAUAGUUACUACACACAUCCAGUACUUUUGCAAAAACAGCAAAUGAGUCCUUUCACUCGUUUGGUGUCAGUUUGGGUUAUUUAGUGUUAUUGCUGUGAACAGAAAUCUCUUUAUGUUUUGUUUAGCAAAUGAGUGAUUUAGUGUUCGGAUUAAAGGAACUCUCCAUAACAUAAUCUCAAACCGCUCCUGAUAAGUCCUCUUCAAAGCAUCUGAAAAUAUCGAUCCUUCAAAACUGUAAAGAAAAAAAAAUACAGUUUCUUUAAUUUUGGGUUAUUGUGUUGGACUUGAGAUAAUUUAAACAAAUACCAAUGGUUCCCUUUAUUUACAGCGGCCGAGAUAUUGACUGUUUACCUUUGUGCAUGAAGUAACUCAUGCAGUCAUACAGUCUAUUGACUCAGUCCAGCGCUCAAUCAUUUCGAAUCAAGUUAUCCAACCCUGUGUUUUUGUGACACCAGGGAGCUGUGUGUGUGUGUGUGUGUGUGUGUGUGUGUGUGUGUGUGUGUGUGUGUGUGUGUGUGUGUGUGUGUGUGUUCACAUGUUCUUCUGUUUUCCAUCAUGCUUGUGAACGCCGUAUUGUGAGCAGGCUGUUCUGAGCAAAGGGAGCCGUCAACAAACUGGAGCGAGCCAUCGGCUUCGAUGGCUGAACACACUUCACAAGUAUGUGUUUGCUCACAUCUGCUCGUAAGGGUGGGAGGGGAAAGACAACGAAUCCCAUGUUGCCAUAGCAACAAAGAGGAAACUUACCCCCCCCAUCCCCUCCACUACCCUCCCCCCCGAAAUGUUGCUGGGAAAGCGUGGCGUAGGUUUUUGAUGUGUGUCUGUGUGUGUCUGACCAUGUGGUCGCUGGUGUGGCGUCACUCUGGAACCCUGGGAAGAUGCCCCCCUCAUCAACACACACAUGCACACACACACGCACACACACACAUGCAUGCACACAACAUCUCUUCCUCUUCCUGCAGACGGGAGAAUAGAUUGCAGUGUUCUGCCUCUCUUUCAUCUGUCUGUGUGUUGUGAAGAGACCACCAGCGAGCAAGACCCAGCGUUUUUCAUGCACGACCUGAGUCAUCCACUUUCCCUCCAUAGGAUGAAAGGACAGCUACUGAGAAUUCUCCCCUGAGGUGCUCAGACAGGAAAUACAGUCACCCUCAGUUUGUCUGGCUGUCUUUACACAUGUAAGAGGUGUCUGGAGAGGGUCUCUUUGUCAUUUUCAUCAUGCCUCGCCAUGUGCAUCCGUGUCAGAUGGGUGUUUGAAUGGUCUAAUAAUCCUAAUGACCACGCUGCAGUCCUGUAUUUGAGGCCUGUGUGUGUACAGUAACCGCGUAUGUGUUAGCGUGUGUGUCCCUCUAACAGGAGGGUGCCAGAAUAGAAAGGCAGAAAGAGCAGUAAUUAUGGCCUCCCAUGUUCAGCAGAAACAUCACAGGGAAGUAAUUUGUUGCUCUAUAUUUAAUCAGUGGAGAUAACGAGACUGACUGCAGCUGUCUGCCUAUGGGCAGGCGGACAACCAGGAUCACCAUUUCCUCAAAAAACCCAUUAGUCUUUAAUACAGCCUGAUUCAGUAUCCUAUUUCCAUACUUUCCAGUGUCCAGGUAAUCAUUAUCACUCUUUAUAUCCCUAAUUUGUCCAGUUGUGCACCUUUUUUUCCACACACCUUUGAUCAUUCCCCUUUAAUCCAUCAGGCCCUCACUUGUUCCCUCAUUUCUGUCCUCUGACUCCACAAAGUAGCAUUUCAUCUCCUCAAUCACCGGCAGCACCUCCUCUUCUUCCUUUUUCUCUCGCACCCUCCUUACUUCUUGAUCUCUUUUUGUCUAUGCUUGUGUCUCCGUUCUUCUCUUAGGGUGCAGGUAGAGUUCUAUGUGAAUGAGAACACUUUCAAGGAGCGCCUCAAGCUGUUCUUCAUCAAAAACCAAAGAUCCAGUGAGUUGCCUAUCUUUGGGAUCUCAUUUUCUCUGUUUGUAAUGAGUUGGGGAAAUUUCCUGUCGGCUGCCUGCUUUCUUUCCACCGUAGUUCUUUUUUAUUUUCUGAUAGAAGAGUCUUGUUUUGUUUGAGCCUGUGAUGUGCUGCCAUUCUUACCUUGUAUUUCAUCACCUUUUGUCUUCCUGUCCAAGAUUUGCGACUGAGAUGUCUGUGUUUAAAUAAUAUGCAGACUCAUGGAUGUCAUAUCUUUAUUUUUAGUGCAUGUGUAGAAGAAAAAGAAGAAAAAUAUGAUCAAAAGUUAAACUCAAGUUGGUGCAAAGGGUAAAGGGAUAUUCCAGCGCAAAUUGAAGUUAUGGUCAAACACACUGAAACACUGAGUUAGACACCCCUUUGAGAGAUUAAUGUUGCCGACUACUUGCUUCUCUAGGUAGACCAACUUUAGUUACAACCACACAAUAGCAAUACACAACGGUCUAUGUCUUAAUACACAAACCUCAACCAAAACGCCACUCUAUAGCCAUAAAUAAUGCUCAGAACAGCACCUAACUUCAUCAACAGUACAUAUAGGGUCCCAGCCAUAGCACUAGCCAUCAAACAUCUUUUUAGCUUUGCCUGUUUUUUUUAGCAAAGAGACCGAACACAACUCACCUACUCUCUUCCAGCAGCUGCUUGUUUGUGGGGUAGCCCUGACAAGUCGAUCACUGAGUGCAACAGAUCAUUUCCAUAAAGUAAUAAUCAUCAUAUUUAUCAUUUAGCACUGCAGACGCGGUAGUUCUUCUGCCUUAGCAUCUCGGUCUGAUUGUAUUUCCAUUAAGAAAUGAUCAUAAACGUUCUUCCUUGAGCUGCGAAACUCCGCUGCACUUGGUGAUUGACUUGUCAGGGCUACCCAACAAACAAGCGGCUGCUGGAAGAGAGUAGGUGAGUUGUGUUUAGUCUCUUUGCUAAAGAAAUCAGGCAAAGCUAAAAAGAUGUUUGUUGGCUAGCACUGUGACUAGGACCCUAUAUGUACUGUUGAUGAAGUUAGGUGCUGUUCUGAGCAUUAUUUGUGGCUAUAGAGUGGCGUUUUGGUUGAGGUUUGCUUAUGGCUCCUCAGACCGCUUUGUAUUGCUAUUGUGCGGUCGUUACUUAAGUUGGUAUAACUAGAGAAGCAAGCAGUCGGCAACAUUCAUCUCUCGAGGGGGUGUCUAACUCGGUGUUAUGGUGUGUUUGACCAUAACUUUUAUUUACACCGGAAUACCCCUUUAAACCAGGUAAAGACAAAUUUAAAAAGCCUAAAUUCCUCCUUUUGUUGAGUUGAGACUAUCUCUCCAUCCAGUUAGACAAUGCAAAUGUACAGACUAACCCCCACAGAGCAGAGGAUGUGGAUAUAUCUUCAAAAGGACCCCAUUACUACAAGGCCCAUGCAGAGGUAUUUAAUUACCAGGUGUGCAUGGACUCACUCAUUUAUUGAUUUCCACUUGGUAGCAUCUGGCAGGGUGGGCCAUACUAAGGCUGUGUCUAAGCAAGGCAUAACGAGCUGAUGCUCACUCUAGUGGGAAUCAUGUCUCAUGCAAGUACCAAGGCUCUGCAGUCCCUGUGGGGCACUGUGAGGGAUCACAUUGGUUUCCUCAUAGUGGGUCUUCCAGGGUCACUGUGAGUAUAUGCAAUAUCUAUCUAAAUCUAGAGAUAGUAUUGAUAUAAUUGAAGAAAUGUAAGGAUUGUAACCUUGGUUCUCUAUGUGAGAGAUGUUAUUUUCUUGUCGAGGCCAUUCAAAAACCUUUUACAAUCAACAUUGACCAUUGAGUCCAAUACCAAUGCAUGAGCCAUAAAGUGCGUCUUAGAAAAAUUUGCAUGUCAGAUGCCUGUUGUUGAGGGUCAAUUGAAAGGGUGGAGAGAUAGUGUCCUUGUUCAGAGGCCAGGCUUUUUAUUGCUACCAUGCAUUUGCGAGGGGGAAAUUGCUGCUGUGAUGAAUACUUGUGGGUUAUAUUUUUCACGCUUCUCUAACAAGUAGGGCUGUAAAUCAACCAAAGAAAGUCUUAGUUGACUAAAACUAGGGUGACCAUACGUCCUCUUUUACCCGGACAUGUCCUCUGUUUUGGGGGGCUGUCCAGGUUUGUCCAGUUUUGUCCGGGGAAGUUUAUAAAAUCCUUUAAAUAUCAGCAGUUUUGUACGCAAGUUUUAAUUUUGUGUCACGUGGAGUUACUGAGUUAGAAGCGCGUAAAAGACACUCGAUUCGACCUGAGAAACUCUCAAAAUUUACUUCGUGCAACUCAGUGGCCCCGCCCCGGUGUAGUUGUGUCCUCUUUUUGAGAAGUCAGAAUAUGGUCACCUAUAGAUUUUCAAUCAAAAUUCAACUUGGGGGAGGGGGCAUACUGACGGCAAACCCUUCUGCGGCGGGGGACGACGCGGCUAUCGGCACAAGUAGGCAAUUAAACACAAAUAUUAUAUUCAGCAAACCACUGGACAUUGGUUUAUGGGCGCUCUUCAAUCUCCCUGUCCACAGCCGGUCUCCAGUGGGUUGGGCGAAUCCAAAAUAAAACGCCCCCAUUAGCACUUUCUACGUUCCUCCUGAUGAAAAUAACCAUAGACUGUAAAUUGACGCGGAAAAAAAUCGAGUCCGGACGUAUCGACCAAUGAGUCGACCAGUUGACUAGGCUUUUACAGCCCUACUAACAAGUUACAUGUGAUAUUUUCUGUGCAUUCAAAUCAUAUGCGAAAUAUUGGAGAAUAAAGUUGAAUCACAUUAAAGUGAGAGAAAAUGUGUUUUUACACCUUGCAGGUCUGCGAGUGCGAAUGUUCAACUUUGCGCUGAAGGUGCUGAGCUGCCUCCUCUACAUCGUGAGAGUCUUGUUAGACAACCCGCAAGAGGGAAGACAGGACUGGUGAGAGACACUGUGAUAACAUGAACUUAAUGAGAUGAACCAAAGUCUGUGGGACUGUGGAGGCCUGAUAGCUGAAACAAGUGCAACAGGUCAAUAGAUGAGAUAAUGGAGUGUGUGUGUAGAGUAACCACUAAAAGGAUUGGGUUGGAAAUGAUGGUGGGAGAACAGAAGAGGGUGGAGAUGCAAUCAGGAAAGUCAACUGAUAUUUGGACUGAGCUGCAGGUCGGUGAGGUUUCAAAGAUAGAGAGGCUGGUCAGAAAGUUUCUUUUAUUGUUUGUUUGUUUGUUUGUUUUUUUCCCCUGGCAGUACGAAUGGAGUGAAUUGUACCAGACAAAACACAUCGUCACGUCCCUGGAGUGAGUUCGAUUGGUAAGUAUGUUUGUUCCCGUUGGAAAAUGACAACUUCACCCUGCAGAAAAAAAACAAGAAACUGCACCACCUGAAGGUCUUGCACCCCCAACAUGCGCCCACCGCUCGGAAAUGUUUUGUAACCCGAUCAAUGUAACUUCAUUUAACUAGUGCAAUACUCCAUGCUGGUAUUGAGCAUUUUAGAUCCACAUGCAUUCGUCACAAUCAAACUUCAUAGAUUACCUGUCAGCGUAAUAUGUAUGUAGUGCCUGUGCAGCCUAAUCAACAGCGAUCUAGUGGAGAUAAAGCACAUAAUAUACAGCAGCAAAGAGAUGGAGAAAAAGCAGGAAGUAUACACGGACCUGAGGCGAUGCUGUGGCUCCUGCUCAGGGACCUAUUGAUCUAAUGGUGGCUGGUGACACUGGCUAAGCUCUGGCUCCACAUGAAUAAGUAGCCUGACAGAGAGAGCUCAGGAAGGGGAUGGGCUGCCUCCUGUUUCAGGCAUCAGACUGCGAGGAGCAAAGCAGAGCACAGGCAGGCAAGCGGCCAUGAUUGGCCCCAGGGAGUUUGUGAAAAAAAAUGAAAGCCUUUUUUCUCUCGAAAAAGCCUGUAAAUUCUGAUUUAGACGGUGUUAACAUAACUGUUCCCCAGCAUUAUGAACACUUUGACAGCUAUUAGCUGCUCUGUUAUACCGAUGCAAACAGCGUGAUUAAAUUUAAUGCAGUGACAUGGAGUGGAUAAUGGUCCAUGUUGAGUGGGCUAAAAAUUAUUUUGAUAUUUUCUCCAUUUAAAUGUCCUCUAUCUAAUUUUUGUGCCACAUCUCUAACGUCCACUCCCUGUUCUUUCGUUUUCUCCACUCUAUAGGAAGCUGAUCAUCUGGGUGGAAAGACCUCUCCCGCUGUGGGCGCUCCAGGUCAGAUCAAUCGAUACCUUUGUAUAAACAAAGUUUGUUUACACACGCACAUACAUCUGCUCACAUGAACGCACUCUGUACACCUUCAUUCCUUUCAUUCAGUUCAUCAGCGUUCAAUUUAUGUCCCAUCAUUUAUGGAUAUUAGAUCUAUUUUCUGGCACAACUAUCUACACUCACAGUGAGAUUACACACACACUCAUAUAUAUAAGUCCACCGUCAGACACCAGACCGUCUCUUGCUUCAGUUAAACCUGUUCCCUUUCAAGCUCAAUCAACAGCACGCCUUCUGAUUCCACCCACGCUCUGCUCUCCCAUCCCUGUGACUCCUAAUUUCUCCAAGCUCUCUGACUAUCUUCACUCCUCCUCUGUGUGUCUGCUCUCCCUCUUUGUCUGCAUCUCUCAUUUUCUCCAUUACCCUUUCUCUCUCUCUCUCUCUCUGUUUUUUGCAGGUGCUUGUGGCUUUCAUCAGCUUUUCCGAAACUAUGUUGCUUGUGUAUCUCAGCUACAAGGUGAGUCACUCAUCAUGGCCCCCAGUGACCCUGUGAUGAAGACGCAUGUGGCAUGUGCGUGCGUGUGACGUGCUUGUGAUAUGCUCGAGGGUGGUGCUUGUCCACUUUGCUCUCCUCCUUGAGUUCAUCCUACAAAAACUGAAGUUUCUCUUCUCCCCUGAUACAGCUCCUUUGUUCUCUUAUUUGGAAAGCACCUCAGUAGGGCUUGAGACUCCCUCAGCUCUGUUGUAUUAUUGACACAUCACAAAGAUUUUCGGGGAGGCCCCUCUGUUCCUGUUGUGGGGGUCCAAUCCAUGAAUGGGCUGCUUUGCCUUUGAUGCACCUGACACUGUAAGCCUAUAAAGGCUCCCUCUGCAGAUUACUCAGGAGGCUGGAGGACUUAGCAUUUAGAGUUGACUGAUUCCUGUGGACAUACCGUCUGCCUGUCCACCUACACCAGUGAGGUCAGCCAUAUGCAGGUGGCCCAGGUGUUAAAAUGACCGUGGCUGACGUCUUCAAUUAAAGGGAUAUUCAGGUGUAGAAUUAAUUUAGGGUCAAACACACCGUAACACUGAGUUAGACACCCCCUUGAGAGAUGAAUGUUGCAGACCGCUUGCUUCUCUAGUUAUACCAACUUUAGUAACGACCGCAGGAUAGCAAUACACAACGGUCUAAGGAGCCAACAUGCACACCUCAACCAAAAACGCCACUCUAUAGCCACAAAUAAUGCUCAGAACAGCAACUAACUUCAUCAACAGUACAUAUAGGGUCCUAGCCAUAGUACUAGCCACCAAACAUCUUUUUGACUUUGCCUAAUUUCUUUAGCAAAAAUACUAAACACAACUCAUCCUUUCUCCUCCAGCAGCUGCUCAUAUGUGGGCUAGCCCUGACGAGUUGAUCACAGAGUGCAGUGGAGUUUCGCAGCUCAAGAAAGAGCAUUUGUGAUGAUUGUGAUUUGUGAUUAAUAUGGCGAUUAUUACUUCAAGGAAAUAAUAAACUAAUGAUCACAAAUGUUCUUCCUUGAGCUGCGUCACCCCGCUGUAGUCCGUAAUGGACUGGUUGAGAUCUUGCUACAAACAAGUGGCUGCCGGAAGAGAGUUGGUGAGUUGUGUUUAGUCUCUUGGUGAGAGAAACAAGGCAAAGCUAAAAAGAUGCUUGGUGCCAAUGUUUUGGCUGGGACCCUUUAGGUACUGUUGAUGAAGUUAGGUGCGGUUCUGAGCAUUAUUUGUGGCUAUAGAGUGGCAUUUUGGUUGAGAUUUGUUUAUGGCUCCUUAGACCGCUGUGUAUUGCUAUUGUGCGGUCGUUACUAAAUUUGGUAUAACUAGAGGAGCAAGUGGUCUGCAACAUUCAUCUCUCAAGGGGGUGUCUAACUCAGUGUUACAGUGUGUUUGACCCUAAAUUCAUUGUACGCCCUUUCACAGCAAAGCUCAGAGAAAAAUGAGCAGUGUUUCCUCUUCUAGGGAGUUAUAAAAACCUUGAAAAUAUGAUCAACUCUAUCCUUGUUGCAAAAGCUGGUCAAUUUGUACCCGUCUACUUCCUGCAAUCGCGCCUAUUAAGUGAUAAUGCCAAAAGGCCACCGUAACAGUGGAGUUUCCUGACCCCUGCAUGUGGUUUUUGUUUCCAGGGCAACGUUUGGGAGCAAGUAUUACGCGUCCCCUUCAUUCUGGAGAUGAUCAGCGCCAUCCCCUUCAUGAUCACUGUAAGUAUGCAUUGCGAAACGCCGAUAGCACUCAAGCGUCGCCAUCCCACCCUCUCCACUUGAACGCACACCACACAUUUAAUGGCCGCUCCAGAGAAGAUAUCGGUGCCAGAUCCUGUGACAUAUGAAAAGAGAAAUAUGAUGACAAGAGAGCCCAGCAGACUGAAGCUUACUCUCUUUGACAGGUGAUUCUGCCCUCCUUCAGAAAUCUCUUCAUCCCUGUUUUUCUCAACUGCUGGCUGGCCAAACACGCUCUGGAGAACAUGAUAGUAAGUGAAGCGCUAUCUCCUCGCCCAAUUAUUUCAUUACUUCCAUUUCAGCUUCUCUGUUAUGUUAUUUUGUUGGCAUGCAAUUGCCCCUCUCUGUCUCUGCCAUUUCAGCUCACCAGCUUUAUCUGCCAUGAAGGUAAACCAGUAACAAACCAUUUAAACCUGCUCCCCAGGAUUGAAAUCUAAGCUUUUAUAUCUCCUGCCUCCAUCUGUCCUCUGACAUCCAUCUAAUGAGGCUUGACCCACCUUUCUUUUCUUUAAAACUGUCCCCAUUAUUCUCCAUCUAUCCAACUUUUUUCCUUUUUCCCUCCGUAAACUGCCUGCAACCUCAUUUUACUCUCCGCAAUGCAGUUCUAGGUUUGUUGUUGUUGUUUCCAUACCUGUCUGUCUCUUUGCAGAAUGAUCUCCACAGGGCAAUCCAGCGGACACACUCAGCCAUGUUUAACCAGGUGGUGAUACUCAUCAGCACGCUGGUCUGUCUCAUGUUUACCUGGUGGGUACACUCACGCUGGUGACACUAAAUUGAGAAGGGUUCAAGAGGGCGUAAACAGAUAUUAAAUGGAGAUUGGGGAGGAAGUGAAAGCAGUCACAGCCAUGCAGAAGUGCCAAAAAAAAAAAAAGAAACCCUGGGGCUAAGAGAGGAAAAGACAGAGAGCAGAGAGGUAAUUGGUAACUGUGUGAGUGAGAAAGUGCUCCGAAAUGACAACUGGAGAUUGCUUCAGUGCAGUGGAGGAUGUGUCAGCUUGCUGCAUAUCUGGUGUGAAAUCCUGAGCUAAUCAAGAAGUUCCUCCACACAGCAUGAAAUGAGCUCUCUGACCGCUCCAGGAUUGACAUUGGCCUGUUGACUCAUCCGCCCUUUAACGGACACGAUAAAUGCCCAGCUUACCUAUGUACAAAAAUACACUCACUGUGUCUCAUAAAAGUGCUCAACUCAAGCAGGCAUCCACCCUCUAUAUCUCUGCAUACCAAAGUCACAGCUAUGUGCAGGCUUGAAAUACUGCUCUCUAUGUUUAACAGCCCCCCACAGGCUUUUACACCAGUCUCUUCCUAAAUGACGUCAACUUGCUCUUCUUACUUUCUCCAUUUUUCCCACCCUGCCGACCUCCAUCAGCAUCUGCGGUAUCCAACACCUGGAGCGAGCGGGGAAUAACCUGACCCUGUUUGACUCGCUCUACUUCUGCGUGGUCACUUUCUCCACCGUGGGCUUUGGAGACGUCACCCCCCAGAUCUGGCCUUCGCAGCUCUUGGUCGUCAUCAUGAUCUUUGUGGCGCUCAUUGUUCUUCCAAUCCAGGUGAGAAGCAAUGGUGAUAACCUCUGAAAAAAACACAAUCAACAGAUGAAAUAAAAGGAAUAAAGAUCGCAACAGUGAGAUCCAAAAUUCCUUAAAGAUAGGGUGACCAUAUUCUAAUUUUUCAUUCUUUUUUUUUUUUUUUCGGGUCGAGUCAAGUGUUUUUUACGUGCUGCUAACUCAGUUAAACACAUAUUCCAAAUGAACCAUUUGACAUGUAUGGUAGAUACUCUGGUGUGUGUUAAGAUAGAGUACACGCUACACAAACUCAAAACUACGGAAGCCUGUUUCCGCCAAUGAAAAAAAAAAGGUGAGAUUAAAUGUUGUCUUUUUUUUUUUUAUCUUAAAAAAAAAAAAAAAAUAGACGACAUUUCAUCGCAUCGGUUUUUUAAAAUUUCACUGGUGGAAACGGGCUUCCAUAGGGAACCCCGGACAUUGGAAGGAUUUUAUAAACUCCCCCCAGACAGGCCGGCCAGUCAAAGGAGGACAUGUCUGAGUAAAUGAGGACAUAUGGUCACGCUAUUUAAGACCCACUCUGAUGAAAAUCAUGUUUUUCUUGUUUUUUUUAUAUGAUGUUACAGGAAAUAUCGUGGAAAAAUAAGCGCAAAAUUGCAUUUCUGAGUAUCUCUGCAUUCAAAUCACCGUGAAUCUCUAGCAGACCCAAAGGUCAGGUUCAGAUACAGUGAGAUUUCAUAUGUAACUAAUCCAAGCUCCGCCCCCGGAGCCCCGCAAUGCAAGCCAGACUCGGAGAAGUAGAGCGGACGAUCGUGGAACAAGUGUGUGCUUGCGGAUUGUAAUGCUCUUAAGAAAGCUAAUUAUGAAAUUAGCUUUUAUCAUGUCCCCAAAGACAUUAGUGUCCGAGAGCUGAAUAGCUAGCGUGAAGACAAGUGUGCAGAGCAGCGCUGUCUCUGCCCACGACUCAGAGGUGAAUUGCAAAUGAGCUUCUAGAGCUCUGCAGUAGAAAAGCCCUCGAAAAUAACACAGGUAAUGUGAUUUUGGCUAAAAACUUUAUAAUCACAGUUUAAAGACCACUGAGAACACUUUAGGUUGUAAAAAAAAAAAAGAUGAGUGGGACUUUAAUGAGGUAUAUAUAGAGAAGAGCUGAGUUUUAUAUUUCAUUUUCUGAUUUGGGGGCCACCAGCAGGGCUCUACUUUAUUUAGCUGUCCUUCAUUUUAUAAAGAUGCUGUGAAAACUCAGACAAGCAGGCGUGUCAAACAUGACAAGAAUUUUUGAUUUUGUUCCUAAGUAAACAGAUGGAGGAUUGCCACACAACUAAAGAAGUGUUUUUUUUUUCCCUCUGAGAAUCUCAUUACUGUAUUUCUCCACUCAAACUGAUAAUUUCCCCUUUUGCACACUAAUGUGAUGACUCAUUGCGUCCUACUGAGAUUUACAACACUAUUUUUACUCCGAGAACGCAGAGAGUGUCUUUAGAGUUUCUUACUCAUUAAUGUCCCCUGCUCCUUCUCCUGUCAUUUAGCCGCUCCAUCACAUACACUCUCAUACAUGCACAUACUAAUUGUGCAGAGUCAUAAAUACCUUGAAAGCAUCACAUCCUGGCUGUUGACACUCAGAUUUGUGCAGAUCUCUAUCCCUAAGGUAGAUAAAAAUGCAUGUUUCUCCCUGAAGAUGUGAAAGUGGAAAUAGCAGGAUUUUUGCUUAGUGUGUGAUGUACCUGUAAAAAAAAAGCAGGCUCUCUCAGCAGGAACUCACACUCACACAUUACUGUAGAACAAUUCACAAACCAUUUAACUCACUGAAAUUCCUGUUUACUUGUAAAUUGGAUUUUUUUGUGCUGAUGCCACACACCUUUGAGAGAUUUUCUUUUUUUAAAGGUGUCGAAUAAGCAGUAUGUGUAAGGCUGUAUCCUACACACCUCUAAUCAACAAGUAAAUAUCGUCACUCGAACAUCCAAAACCAUUUAAAAGACACGCACCACAAGCUUCCUUUUCUGGACUUACACCGGCGGUCUCCUAAAAACAAAGAUGACCUUCUGCAUCAACAACAUGGUGUCAUGUCAUCCGACCCCCUCUCUCUCCAUCUCUCAUCCCUAAAUACCCCUUGACAUUUAGAAACUGGCCCUCCUUUACCCCAAACACCACCUCCACUUUGUCUGCACAUGUGUGUGUGUAUGUGUGUGUGUCCUGCCAUGAGCAGUCUUUGGGCAGCAGAAAAAUAUCACGAUUCAAUUACUGCCCUUUUUUUUUUUUUUUUUACAGCUUCAUUCGCAGGUUUUCCUGUUUCUGUCUUUACAGUCUCUCUCCGAUAGUUUAUUUUUUUACUACUAAAGUGUUCUCAGUGGUCUUUAGACUGUAAUUAGGAAGUUUUUAGUCAAAAUCACGUUAUCUGUGUUAUUUACGAGGGCUUUUUCUUCUCCAGUAGCUCAUUAGCAAUUCACCUCUGAGUUCUGGGCACAGACAGCGCUGCUCCGCACACUUCUCUUCGCGUUAGCUUGCAACCUAACACUGCCGGUGUAGUAGAAGUGGCAGGUAACAUGGCUCUGAGGCGGAGCUUGGAGUUGCUACGUAGGAAAUAUCACUCUAUCUGAGCCUGCCAUUUGGGUCUGCCAGAGAUUUACAGCAAUUUUAAUGUAGGAAUACUCAGAAAUUCAAUUUUGCACUUAUUUUUCUCAUGACAUUUCCCGGAGCAUCAGAAAAAUGCCAUAUGAACAUGUAGACAACAAGAAAAACAUGAUUUUCAUCAAGUGGGUCUUUAAAGCAACAGCACAAAUCAGAAUUUCGACAUUGAAAUUUGAUUUAAAAGAUGGUGAAAUUAGAAUUGGACUACAAAGACCUAUAAGAUGAGAUGGGCCAAAACCCAUCUUAGGUUGGUUUUUGAUAAUUCAUCAAACCAUGAGCGUGAUCUAGACCUGCUCUUGUUCUUUGAAAAGCGUCUUGGGAUGACGACUGUUGUGAAUUGGGGCUAUUUAAAUAAAAUUUGAUUGAUUGAUUGAUUGAUUGAUUGAUUGAUUGAAUUUUAGCGUGCUUUGACCGGCUAAAAUGCAGUGAAGGCAUCAAUGUAUGUGUUUAUUUGAGGGGGAUGACGACUAGAUGGGUAUUUCUCCAAGAAAAUCUUUCAGUGGUAGUUACAGUCUUACCCAUGCAAAGAAAAAAAAUCAGCACAUUUUUUUAAAAUAAAAAAAAGCUAGAAAUAUGGUUCAUUUUAAGCCAAAACCAGCACUUGCAGUUUAAAUUGCUACUUAUGUAAGUCUCUAUCACAUGAACCAUUAAAACAUGAGAGUAGUAUUAACAUGACUUCAUUGCACACAUUAUUUUCUCUGCGUGUUUUGCUCAGGGAUAAUUUUAGACUUGACCAAUCUCUUCUUGCAGAAGUAACUUAACUAUCAUUUCAAUUAGACCAAUUUUCUGACUGAUGAAUUUCCAAGUAGUGUUCAACAGUGAAACAAAAUUUGUUUGCUAAAUAUUACAAGUCAUCUUGAACCUUUUAGUCUUUAGGGUCUACAGGACAACACCCACUGAGCAUUUUUUGGUCUAAAAGAGGUCUAAUAGACGUCCAAAUGCAGCCUAGACGACUGGUCUAAAAUCAGGCUACCACAGGUCUAAAAAUGAAGGUUUUUUAAAUGUCUAAAUUUAGACCAAGUUUAGACCAAGUCUAAAUCUGGGUUAUAUCUAUACUACACUGUAUAUUGCUCAACGGCUAUCAAAAUUAUUUUGGUUCAGUACUUGGAGAUCAGUUAUGCAACUCACAGUUACUUUUUGAGAUAAAUAGUUAUCAAAUAAUGGGUAAAAGUGUAGCAUCUAAAUUUCAUCUAAAAAUCAGUAUCUAGAUGGUUGAAAUAAGUAAAAAAAAAAAAACUAGACAUCUAACAGCCAUCUGUUGCUCAGUGGGCAGCUUAUGGUCUCUAAGACCAGACUGAAAACUAGAUUAGAUUGUUAGAUUGUCCCCAACAUUAAUGGCUUUUAAAUCCCGCCUGAAAACUUAUUUUUACUCCUUUACUUUUAACCUAGCAUGAGAGUUGUGUGGUCCCUGUCUCUGUCUGUUCUUUUAUGGAUUUUUAUUCGCUCUUAUAGUGUUUAUAUGUUUUAUUUUAUUUUUAUGUGGUUUUAUUAUGAUUCUUUUAUCUUAUUCCACUUUAUUCUCCGACAACAUUUCAUGUUCUGUGUGUUUUAACUUAUUUUUUACCACACUGUGCAGCACUUUGCUAAACUGGAUUGUUUUUUUAAAUGUGCUGUAUAAAUAAAGUGGAUUACAUUGGAUUUUAAUCUGUAAACUCCAUCAUCUGUCUUUCACUGCUCUUCCCAGCACAUUAACUAACAAUGAAACUUAGCUUAGGUCUUGGCUAUCAUGUUUCGUAGAUCCACUGUCAUGAACCAAAUCUCUACCAUCCUCAGUUCCCCUGAACACUUCCCCUAAUCAAACGUAAACACUAGACAGGACAAGGCAUCGAUUCUUUUCAUAUACCACCUGGCUCCUCCCUGUACUCCAGCUAACCUAAUCUAGUUUCCAUCUGUUGAGUGUGAUGGAUGUCAUCUUGAAUGCAGUUUGAGCAGCUGGCCUUUCUGUGGAUGGAGCGGCAGAAGUCUGGGGGGAACUACAGUCGCUACAGGGCGCAGACGGAGAAACACGUGGUCCUGUGUGUCAGCUGCCUAAAGAUCGACCUCCUCAUGGACUUCCUCAAUGAGUUCUUCGCGCAUCCCCGACUGCAGGUCUCCUCUAAAUGGUUUAAUUCGAUGUUUGUGAGGGGCUCUUGUGUUUGUGCACGUUUGUCGUCCGUAAUCCUCUUCAGAAGCCAGAGCAGUUGAGGUUAAAGAAGAGGAUUUAUUGAGCAAUACCGGGGAUCAAACUGCUGUCUUACUCAUGUGAGAGCAGAUGUGUGUGUUUGUUUGAGGGUGCAUCCAGGUUUACAUAUCUCUUUGUUUAGUAAUAACUUGUGUGUGUAUUUCAGUGAUAUGUAUAAUUCUGGCAUUAUCACAUAUUGAGAAGUACAUCUGGUUUAAGGUGUUAUUUUCUCAGCGAGCUCUGGCUCCAGUGAGGAGUUUCCAGACUGAAUUGCCUCGGCACGAUACUCAGAAGCAAACAAAACCAUCAAUCAGAAACAAGACUGAUUAAUUAUGUUAUUUCUAUGCCUCUUCUCUGCACAGGUGUAAGAUGAGAUGAGUAACAUGAAACAGCUCUAGAAACAGCUUUUGUUUAUAUUUCCAUUAUGAAGAUUCACAGUAAGAGAUUCGUUCAUUAAUCUUUAUUGUUAAACGCUUAAAAAGCAGCAGAAGGUUUUUCUUUUUUUCAGGAAAACGCUACUCAUGCAUGCACAGAUCAGAGUCGGCAAAGAGAUAAGUGGCACGAUUUAGUCUACAGGAAUAGUAAGUUUGAAGGAAAUCUAGCUAAAAAAAAUGGUAGAAAGUUAUUAGGUUAUUAUUAGUUUAAUGAAUCGGUACUUAGUAACCAUCCAGUGUGGUUGAGUGCUGCUCUGUUUUAAAGCCGUCUUUCACAUCACAGGGAUGGGUAUUAUUAUUUAUUGUCCAUUACAUUUGACAAGUAGCUCCUUGCUGUUGUCUGCUAGUACACCACCAUUAAGUAUCCACAUCUCUUUUCCAACAGCUGCCCUCUGACAGGCUUGUAUUAUUCACUCUCUCCCGUCCCAUUUUAAAACUGGCAGUCAAUGAAAAAUAAACAGCAAACUCUGAGAAAACGUUCUGUCUGCAAAUAAAGAUGUGCCACCGAGAAGACCAACAUUAGGAAUAUCUGGUACUGCGCUGAAUGAAGUCCUCGGAGUAUUUACAGGGUCGAUAUAAAGUAUGAAUGUUACACCUGAUCCAGCCGAGGUCUUGCCAGUGUCUUUUUUUAUGGUCAAAACCUUUUAAGGCUUUAUAUGAAUUGUGUGUCUAUGCCUGUGUGUGUGUGUGUGUGUCUCUCUCUCUGUCUCUGUGUAGGACUACUAUGUGGUGAUCCUUUGCCCUGCAGAGAUGGAUGUUCAGGUGAGAAGGGUUCUCCAUGUGCCUCUGUGGGCCCAGAGAGUCAUCUAUCUGCAGGGAUCUGCCCUCAAAGACCAAGACCUGAUGAGGGCCAAGUGAGUCAAUCCGACCAAAAAUCAUCGUCUAAGAGUUAAUUCAUAAACUUCAACCUUACUAGACACUACCUAUCAGUCUAUUUGUUUUAUCAUCUCAUUAGACUAUCACUGGAAUAGUGUCGUCCAUCACUGAUUCAUCUAUUCACAUGAUCGGUUUAUCCAUUAAUCCAUCCAUUUGUUCAUACAAGCAUCCAUCAAUCAGUCCUUUUAUCUAGGAGUCAGAUAUCUAGUGCUUAAUCAAUCAGUCCCUCAUUUAGUCAAUAAAUCCAUCAAUCCAUCUGUUCACAUCUGUCCCGCGAGUAAUCAGCACAUAUUCAUUCAUUCAUUCAUCCAACUAUCAAUCAACCUAUCAGUCCAAUGUCCAUGAAUGAAUCAACCGAAUCAGCCACCAAUCAACCAAUUAAUCAAUAAAUUCAUGAAUCAAGCCAACAUCCAUUCAUCCAACUAUCAAUCAAACUUUAAGUUCAGAGUCCAUAAAUGAAUCUACUGAUCCAUUUUUGAGCCACCAAUCAACCAAUUAAUCAAUAAAUUCAUUAAUCCAGCCAACAUCCAUCCAUCCAUCCACCCCCAUCCAUUCAUUCAUCCAACUAUCAAUUAACCUAUCAUCCCAGUAUUAUCAAUAAAUCGACUGAUCCAUUUUAUUGCCACCAAUUGACCAAUUAAUCCAUCCAUCCAUCCAUCCGUCUUUGCACCAAUUUCAUCAAUGACCUCACAAUUAAUCAAUGUAUUGAUCCGUGCAUCAAACUAUCCAUCUACUCCUCCGUCGGUUGAUUGAUCCACUCAUCCAUGUUUUUAUCAAUCCAUAAAUUGAUAAAUCCAAGAACAAAAACAGCUCAAUAAUCUAAUUAAACACCAGUCAGUAUUGCAUUUCAUAAAUCAUCCACCAAUGUGUCAGUCUAUUGAUCCACCAUCAGUUCAUCAAUCCCAUAAUUAAAUCUUUUGAUCCAUUAAUAAACCAUUUAUUAAGACAAUUCGUCCACCCAUCUACAUAUCGAUCCAUCAUUGGUUAUCACGCAGUAAUUCUGCAAAUUCGAGCCUUAAAAAUAGAGAAAAUCCGACCUGAGCUCAACAGAGGAGUUUAAAACUUGACAGCUGAAGCACCUACAGCCAUGAUCGACUGCUGUAAUUAACAUUUGAUCCUUAUUGCUUAUCCCCCCCACCACCACCACCAUGGCUGCCGAUCAUGCAGCUGCAGCACCUUGGGCUUGUUUUGUCACCAGCAGAAAUAUAAAAAGAACAAACAGCUGUAUGUUUAAUCUCCCUGUCUCCUUGCCUCCUACUAUCUCGUCCAUAAAUGGCGUGGGCUUGAAAGACACAUUGGUUUGUUGUUCUAUUGUCCUGCUUUUUUCUCUUCUGUCCUCUCCCUCAAUAACAUGACAACACCCUCCCUCUUAUGUCUUCUUUCCUCACGGCUGAAUCCUCUCUCUCUCUCUCUCUCUCUUUCUUAAUCUCUCUCUCUCUCUCACUCCCAUGGCCACAUGCUCUACUAACCACCUGCAGGAUGGACGAUGCUGAGGCCUGCUUUAUCCUCAGCAACCGGUUUGAAGUGGACCGCAUUGCUGCUGUACGUUCCUCCCUGCUUCCCCGUAUCCCCAUGACUCCUUGCACGACAAAACAUCCUAAUUAAAACUCUCAGAUAAAGCGCUUUACAGAUUUACUUUGUUAAAAAAAAACAAAAGGACAUUUUCUGGAGCUUUUAUUGAAAAAUCGUGUCAUAAAAAGUAAUUGAAGCUGCAUUUCUUUGGAAACAGUUGGAUUUGGCUCAGUACAUUAGCUGAAUUUUCUGCUUGUUUUGUUAUGGUCGGGGAUUUUCGUAAAUGAAGACUGAAACAUUAAUUGCUGUCAAAACAAGCGAAGCUGUUGGAAAAAUGAAACAAAGUCUUGACGAGAGGGAAAACUUUAGACAGGCGAAAGUGCAAAACAAGAGAAAGCAACAUUUUCAUGCAUGACACAACAGUUUUGAGCAUGUUUUCUCUUAGACAUAUACCUCUUCAUGAUGUGUUAGGUACAGUUUUAUCCAUCUUCCCCUCAUGUAUUCAGUGCGGCCUUGAAUACCUCCCAGUUUGUCAGGAUUGGAUUACUCCAAAACAUUGCAAAGGCCCAUCCAAUCUCUCUGUGCAGUCAGCUGUUAAAGGGAUUAUGAGACAGGUGCUACAAUCUGAUGCUGCUAAUGAUGGGUGUCUGCUGUUGCACCUCUCUACUCCGUUUUCACUUCAUCCAUCUCACUCCACUCUGUCUCCAAUUCUCUCAGGAUCAUCAGACCAUCCUGCGUGCCUGGGCGGUGAAAGACUUCGCUCCAAAUUGCCCGCUCUAUGUCCAGAUUCUGAAGCCAGAGAACAAGUUUCACGUCAAAUUUGCAGGUGGGCAGGAAGUGGGUAAUUAAAUGCACCGGCUGUGAUAUGAACUGUCAGCUAAAAAGAGUAUGCGUCCGUCUCAUUUGAAUGCAACUGCUGUUGUUUGAUCACCCCGGGAUGGAGAACUAAUGAAAUAGCGCCUUGUGAUGGAGAUACAUCUUUACGUCAUAAUUUGACAGGUGGUUUUGUGCAGCUCAGGACUGGAAUUGUGUUUGCAGCAGCCAGUGUAAAAGAUGAAUGAUUUGGUAAGCUAUUUUGUUAUGCUAUUAAAGUGCCACCGUGGGAUGGCAUGGAAAGCCAAGCUGUCCUGUCUGCACUGCACCUGAGUUUGUCAGCUUGAUUUGCGAGUCUGAAAAUUGUCUCUUCUACCAGCAUGCCUUCGCAGCAGCACAGCUCCCUCAGAGUCCUCCCAGCUCUGAGGGGAAGUGCUGGACAGAUUGGCUUGGCUUGGAUAUAAGCCUGCAGAGGGUUUUCAGUGAGUUCUUUUUUUACAUCGCCUUUUGGAGAAAGUCCCUUCUUCUCUUGCUCAAUGCCAGUCAAUCAUCCUGAGUGAAAGAAGAAGAACCAAACUCUCUCUUUCGCCCUUUCCUCUCUCAAUCUCUCUCUCACACAUCUCUCUGCCUACAGCCCUUGAGAACGUCAAACUCAAUUCUAGCUUGCCGCCCUCAUCCCAGCUGUCUCUAUCAAUGAUUAAUGUUUUACUUUGCUACCUUGGCAGAGAAAAUCCCUUUCUUUUGAUGAGUUCUGCUCUUACGCUAACUUGGCAGACGAGCUCUCCCCGCAGGCAAUCCUCCUUUAGCCCCGGUAGUGCUGUUUAAACACCUCGCCACAGCCAGACUGAGCCCUGUUAUUAAUGGGGCAAGGACUGACGUGAAUUUAUGCUCAUCCAGAGCGACAUCUGUUCUGUUAUAUAUGAUUAUCUCUCAGUGGGACGAAUAUCAGAUCUGUCCAAAGAGCUGUAAUAUACAUGAGAGAUGUUUAAGUGUUUUAUUUUACUGAUACAGCGUAAGACAGUUUAAAAUUUUAGUAGCACUUUACUGGAUUCCUAUCUCGUUAUAAAUAUAUGUGUAGUGCGUUAAAAUCACGCUAUAGCACUGUAUAACUAUAGUUAUUAACACUCAUAGAUGAUCAUAAUGCUUUAUAGCAAUAAUAAUAACACAUUUUAAAGCAUUUGGUAACACUUUACAAUGACCAUGACUUAUACAUGAUAAAUAGACCAUUUAUAAAUGGUAAGCAGAUUGUUUGUAAUUGUUUAAUCAUUAUUUAUAAAUAGCAUAUAGACCAUUAAUAAAUUGCAAAUUUUACAAUUUUAAAAACCUAACCCAAACUUUACAAUAACCAUCUAAUUAAUGUUUAUAGAUGGUUUAUAAACCAAAUAUUAACCAUAUAGAAAGUGCUACUGACACACAUUUAAAUCUAGAUGUUUUACAACUAAUAUUUAAACCCUAUAUAAACCUUUAAUAAAUAGUCCAUAAUGAGGAUCAUUAAUCAUAAUUUCAUUGCUUGUUAAUGGUAAAGUAACCAUUAACUUACAUUAGUAAACUUUCUUUUUACCAUUUAUAAAUUAUGGUUAUUGUAAAGUGUUACCAUAACUGUUAACAACUCACUGAUAAAGUGCACAUAGAUAAUGCAUAACACAUGUAUUUAUGAUGUGUUAUAAUUUGCUUAUUAACUUGUAUAACUAUAGUUAUAAACACUCAUAAAUAAUCAUUAUGCUCUAUAGCAAUAAUCAUAACACAUUUUAAAGCAUUUUAUCAUGACUUACAAGGUCAGGUAUUAUAAUGUGUUAUGCUUAUUGUUAUAAAGCCUUAUGAUAUUUAAUGAGUGUUUAAAAUGAUAGUUAUACAAGUUUAUAAGCAAAUUGUAACACAUCAUGAAUAUAUGUAUAAUGCAUUAUCUAUGUGGGCAUUGUCAGUGAUUUGUUAACAGUUAUAACACAUUAUAAUACCUGACCUUGUAAGUCAUGAUAAAAUACUUUAUAAUGUGUCAUGAUUAUUGCUAUAAAGCAUUAUGAUCAUUUAUGAGUGUUUAUAACUAUAAUUAUACAGUGCUAUAACAUGAUUAUAACACAUUAUACAUAUAUUUAUAAUGCUUUAUAGAGAUAGGUGUCAAAUAAAGUGUUAACAAAAUUGCCUCUAUGGCCAUUUCCAUGUCUUCAAGUUGUUGCUAAAAACAGACUUCUGAAUCAGCUGACUCUGGAGUCACCAUGGGUACACUCAGAGAGAAACCAGUGUGCAGGCACAUGAGCAUUACUGUAAGUGCAUACACCAUGUUUUGACACAACUUGGAAUAUCCUUACUAAGUACCAGUGUGGGAGGCAUUGAUAAGUGAGAGAAAUAAGACCUAAUUUGAUCCGGGGGAAUAGCUUAAUCACAGCCAAGCGUUCAUUAGGACAGAUCUGUCAGUGUGAUGCUACAGCGGGGCAGGAAACCUUGGGUUGUCCAAGUAACCGAACAGAAUUGGGAACCCUGCGUCAAUUCAUUAUCUUCCCAGUUUAUGUUUUAAACAACAAUAGUCGCCCCCGCUGAUCUCCACUCAUUGUAACUGCACCGUGUUGAUAGCAGCUCACUUAUUCCAACAAUAAUGGCCUACUGAUUUAAUUAACUCAUCUGGUGGACCUGUGGUCAGGUUGUAAUUGCGCUCCUAGCGAGGGUGCAUAUAACCAUGCGUGCACAAACAUAUCAGCAGACACCGGAUUUCACCUGUAAUAUGUGCCAGUCUGUGAUUGAAAGCAACAUGAAGGCUGAGAAGACGGUUACAAAACACCAAUUUGAGUGACGGUGGCAGAAAGAGACACACAGUGAGUGUUUUUUGCGCCGGUGUGCUGAGAGUUUCUGGGUUAAUAAUUGGUUUGUCUCCUGAUCUGGGUCCAGGCACCUGAAGAACAGAGGGCAGGAUGGAGCGCUGUGGUGAAGAAGAGGAUGGAAAAUAGAGAGGUCACAGUGGUACAGAAAGGUUCAAGACAGCCGUUGAAAAUUGGACAUUGAGAGAAAAAAAAGACUCAAUUAUGUGUGUGACUGUACUGUGUAAGUAAUACAAGAGAAAGACAGAGAAAGCGCGAUAUAUGUGUAACAGUAAUGAACGCUGCUGCUUUGUAAACACAUCAACAGUGUUUCUCAUCUCCUCCGCAGGCUUUCGAUGCCCAUUGCUCUAUAAAUGCUUCCGCUUCAAAGAAAUUCACAGGCUGAAAAGCAAGAGACUAUCCUCUGUGUUUAUGUGUGAGCUGCAUAAUGAUGUGGCGGACGGAGCCAAAGGAACAUUGCUACUUCAACACAAGAUCCACAAUCAGCAGUUUUAAUUGUCAUGCUUCUUACCUGCUCAUCUCCGGGCACAAACAUACCAGACCUAUUCAUCAAAAACUGUAUUUACCUUCAAGCUGACAUCCUGUUAGUCAGUCUGGCAGCUGAUUGAGUCUCAUACAUCAUGCCAGUCGUUGACAUUUGUCACCAAUAAUUGCCUAAUGCAGGGCUGUGUUAGGCUUUCAAGCCUGAACAUUUUAGGUAAACAAGGCGGCUCCUAUAAGCCUGUGCGCUCAUCACCGAAGAUAAUGCAAUCACGAUUACACAGCAGGAGGAAGGGACGCUCACUGGGUCUGAUUCAUUGAUUAGCUUAGUACAAACAUGAAUCUCUGUAUUGGUUUUUCCUUUUAGAGAGGAGGUUGUGUGGCAACAAGACUGAGAGACGACUGUCAUCUGUGUUUGUUCACUUUGGUGUGUUUGGCUCACAAACAGCAGGGCUGCUUAAGUGUUUGAUCCUGAGAGUGAAAGGUUGUUUAAUAAGACAUGUUGCACUGGCUUGUUGCCAGGUCUGUCUACCAUCCCCAAAAAUUGAGCGGUGGGCAACAACAGCGACUUCAAAUUGACCCCAGGGGAGUAAACAGGGAAUGUGUAGAAGCGGGAGUGAGAGGAUGAUGGAGGAUUUCUGACACGGCUGUUUGCUGUUUUGUUUGACUCAUUUGUGUUAGACAAACAUCAAGUGACAUUUACUUGUUUUCCCACCCAAAACAGAGACAUUUUGGAUUGAGUGCCUGUGUCUUUUAUUGGUAAGCUUGUGUGAUAUAAACAGUAUAAAAGACAAAUGUGGCAUAUACCUAUAUGUGACAUGUAUUAGUAUGUGAUACGUGUGCACAAAGCAAUCUUGGAGCAAUCUACAACAACAGGAUUCAUUAUCAGAUCAGAAUAUGCUGUGCCACUAUAAUCAAGUCUGAGUCUGCAACCUGAUUCUGAGUCGACUGGAAGACUCCAAACUGAACCUCAGUUAACUGUCAGGGACUUUUGGAUGAUAUAAAACGCAUUUCAUUCAUCAGAAUCAGAUUUUGAUCCUGAUGGCAUAACCGGAGGAUUCAGUGAACUAGCAGCACUGUGUGAAUGCACAUCAUGCCUCUGUUAAUGAGGACAUGCUCUUAUUGAUUCUGCUGUAGUGGGAUCACUGCAGGUGUCUGAUCAACUUAAAAAUACCUCUAACCAAACAUCUUGAAGAGCUAAUUUGACUCUAGCAGCUAGAAAUCAAUAAUAGUAACAGUCCAAAUCAUUUUAGAAGAAUAUUCCGGCGUAAAAUUAAUAUAGGGUCAAACACACUGUAACACAGAGUAAAACACCCUCUCGAGAGAUGAAUGUUGCCGACCGUUUGCUUCUGUAGUGAUACCAACUUUAGUAACGUCUAAGGAGCCAUUGACAAACCUCAAACAAAACGCCAUUCUAUAGCCACAAAUAAUGAUCAGAUUAGCACCUAACUUCAUCAACAGUAUAUAUAGGGUCCUUGGUAUAGUACUAGCCACCAAACAUCUUUUUAACUUUGCCUAAUUUCUUAAACAAAAAGACUAAACACAACUCACCUACUCUCCUCCUGGGGCAGCUUGUUUGUAGGAGACCUCAGAUGAGUCCAUUACGGACUGCAGCGGAGUUUCGCAGCUCAAGAAAGAACAUUUAUGAUAAUUUCUUCAUGGAAAUGCAAUCAGGCCGAGAUGCUAAGGCAGAAGAACCACUGCAUCUGCAGUGCAAAAUGAUUAAUAUGGUGAUUAAUACUUCAAGGAAAUGAUAAAUGAAUGAUCGUCUGUUAAAUUUAAAGACCCGCUCUGAUGAAAAUCAUGCCUUUCUUGUUGUCUUCAUGUUCAUGUGGCAUUUUUUAGAUGCUACAGGACAUACCCAGAGAAAACUAAGAGCAAAAUUGCAUUUCUGAGUAAUUCUGCAUUCAAAUUGCUGUGAACAUCUGGCAGACCCAAUCCACAGGUUCAGACACAGUGAGAUUUCGUAUGUCAUAACUCCAAGCUCCUCCCCUUUUGCCCCGCUCUGCAGGUCAGACUCAGAGAAGUAGAGAGGACAAUAGCGGAUUGCAAUGCUAGUAAGAAGGCUAAUUAUGAUUUUAGCUUUCAAGAGCUGAAUAGCUGCUAUAUUACCUGUCACUUCUGCUGCACCGGCAAUGUUAGGCAGCAAGCUAACGUGAAGAGGGGUAUGCAGAGCAGCGCUGUCUCCGCCUACUACUCAGACGCAAAUCACUAAUGAGCUACUAGAGCUCUGCAGAAGAAAAGCCCUUGAAGAUGACACAGGUUACAUGAUUUUGGCAAAAAAAAAACUUCAUAAUCAAAAUUUAACGACCACUGAGAACACUUAAUUUAAAGUGUUCUCACUUUAAAUUUAUUACUUUAAAAUACAAUCGCAGUGGCGUGUUAAGCUCGCCCUUUGCUGGUUCUUUUGCAUAAUUUCAAUGCUGCUCUGCUCUUUCUUGCAUUUGCUAUAUGCUUAAAGCAAAACACAUGAUUCCUGGCACGUCGUCCUGAAGCAUCCUGGCAGGAGCUGUUGCCAAAAAAGACGCCAUGUGAAUGCUCAUGCAGGUGAACAGGCGCCAGCCCUUGUUCGAAAUUGAAUAUAUCAUCAGGGCCUCGUACAAAGAAACCCUCACGAAGCAAUAAAAUAGUUUAUCAGUAAACAUUAGCCCUUCUCUCUAUCUGUCACGUCUGACAGCAGUCACAGUUUGAGUCCAGGUCCUGAAUCCUGAAUAUUUGGACUCAAGUUGACUUGUUAAAGAGUCCUGGACACUGCUUUGUGUUUCUGCUGCUGUCCACAGAUGACAAUCUUUUUGUCUGUGUAUAUCUGAGAGAACCUGCUCAGAUUAUCAAUCCAUUAUCAGCAGAAAACAAAAAGUUAUUUCCUCCUCUCACCUUUAGCAUUUAUCAGAGAUCAGGGGUGUAGCUGCAUGCAUCGGUGCAUCAGACUUUAUUUCAAUCACUGUUUAAUAAAAAAAUCUUGAUAGCAAUCUUUCAGGCUUCAAUUAGGAGUGUCUUCAUGGAUCGAGUAUUCAUUUGGAAACCUUUUUUUUGUGUGUGAAGAAGUCUGGUGAAAACUGAUGUACUGCUUCUUUGACAAAUUAACCCUCCGUUUCAACAUAUCAUCCUUCUUUUUGAGGGAGCUCGAAAAGAUAACAGCAUGAGGAAAUGGUCUUUGUUUUUGUUUGGGUUUCUAUCAAGAAGAAUGAUUGCAGGGACUACUGUUUUUCUUCUAGUCAAUCCGGUGAUAUUUGCUCAACAGAAAAUAAUAUUAAAACAACAGAUACCUGUCCUUUUGCUUGAUAAGUGUCAGUUUCAAUUAAAACACUGAGGCUUUUGAUUAUUUGUUAAGAAAAGAACGAAUUCAGGUGUUUUUUCUCUGGCCUUCGAAACAGGAAAAAACUCAUCAGUGUGUGAAAUUUAAUAAACCAAAUGAUUGAUCAAAAAAAUAAUAGAGGAGUCCUUUUUGUAAUAAAGUGUAUGAACUCUGUAAUAUGGAAGAAGGAGAAGGAAAUGCUUGAAGUUUCUUUUGUGACUUAUUGGAGAAUCUUUUCAAGGAUUUAUUGAUAUUAAAUCCUGAACCUUUUCUGGCAGUGGCACUUAGAUCCAUGGGAUGACACCUUCAACCUUAUCUGUCACUUAAUACAACCUCCCCCACAACACACACACACACACACACACACACACACACACACACACACACAUACACACACAGCAAGGCCAGGAGUCUUUUGACACCACAGCAUAUUCAAACUCCCCGCAGGUGGAGGAGAUUUUAUGGAGCAAAGUGCGAAUGUGUUUCGCUCUGACCUUGGUCACUGUGUCCCUCUUUUUCCGUUUCUCUACAGAUCAUGUGGUGUGUGAAGAGGAGUUUAAGUACGCCAUGCUGGCUUUAAACUGUGUGUGUCCCGGUACCUCAACACUCAUCACUCUAUUGAUCCACUCCUCCAGAGGACAGUGAGUUCUCUUGUCAUCUCUCUUUGACUCCUCUCCCCAAGUUUUUACUCUUCCAAGAUUCACGUAUACAGAUUUUACAGUGAGAGGCUCUUUGGAUCCUCGUUAUUACUUACAUUUUAUUUUAUUUUUUCAGAACAGCACCUCAGGAGGCCUUCAAGCAACGUGUAGGAGCUUUUCAAGCCCUAAACAGGUAGGAUGCAUCCCACCUGUAUUCACACCCAGGCAUUAUACGGCACAUCUCUGAGUUCUGUUCACCCAAAUUUCCUGCCAAGUUCCACAGUGCCUUGAAUGUCAUUAUUUAUUCAAGAUUGCUUUUACUCAAUAUUCUCAUUCGUUCAAUUAAACCUGACUAUUUUAAAUCCUAAAAUGAUAAGUUACAGGAAAGUGUUUGAUCAUGAGAUACUGAAUUUCUAAUUUUCAUGAGCCAAAAGCUUCAAAACUAAAACUAAAAUAGACUUGAAAUAUUUCAAUUUACAUAACAAUUAAAUGAGGAUAUCUGAAGAAAUCGACUUUUUUAAUGAAACAAUGAACAAAAUAAACAUUUCUAUGAUGAUCUAAUAUAUUGAGAUUCACCUGUAUUUCAUUAAAGUGCAAAAAAGUGCAACCAUCGUCCAAAAACACACAAAUUUAUUAUUCCUACAAUCCAAACUGGUAAAAUUUACAGACAUUGUGGACUUUGAAAAAGCUCAAAUAGAUAUAAACUGAAGGUAUGAAGACAAUAUUUUCAAGAGCUACAGGGAUGAGGGAGUUGUUGGCAGCACUAUGUGUUGAGGGGUUUACUGUGUUGUGUGUAAAUGUAUGUAUUUAUGUAUGUAUGUAUGGAUGGCUGGAUGCAUGUAUGUAUGUGUAUAGAUAGAGAGUCUCCCUAAGUGUAUAAUUAAUCUUGUGGUGACUGCAGCAUGAGUGUCUAGACAGGUCAAUAAAGCCAAAGAUUGUUGCAAGUUAUUUAAGGAGAUGGGGUGGAAGCUUAUAAGUAUUACUUCUAUACUUAUAUAUAUAGAUAACAGGAGGGUUGGCGGUUCGAUUCCCCCCUAUCCAGAGUCUGUCCGUUGUGUCCUUGGGCAAAACACUUAACCCACCUUGAUCCCAGUGUGUGUCCUCCAAAGGUGUAUGAUUGUGAGUGUCAUGUUGUGGUCGGAGAGGCCAUAGGCGCAAACUGGCAGCCACGUUUCCGUCAGUUUGAGGGUCUCUGAUAAAGCGCUAUAUGAAAUCUGAUGCAUUAUUACUAUAUGUUAUUUUCAUUGUUUUGUUUUUAUUUACUUUCUCUUGCAUAUUUGAAAUGAACAGAAGAGUAGAGGAGUCCAGUAGACUUAUUUUUAACACUCAAAGGCACAGAUUGUUGAGCUCAUUUGGUGUAUGUAAAAAAGUGGAGGAGUUUGUUUUCGUUUGUUUUGUUCUGCAGCUUGUCAAGAUGGACGUAUAAACCGCAGGUGGGUUUCAAAAGUACACUUCUAUAUCUGGAGGUGAUGCCAUUUGGUCUACCGUCUGUGAUGAGGAUCCAUGGCUAGAUUGGUCCUCCUCCUCUUAUGUCUUGCACUCAGUCACAGUGAACUGCAAAUUUGCUAUAACACUUGCUUAUAUAAUGCAGUCUUUGUCGCAGGCCACCCACAUUCACACUGCCCCCACACCCUUGCUUUUGUUGUCACCUUUUUAGCCUCCGAGUCUUAAGCCGUAUCCCCCUGAGAGAAAUGUUAUCCACUUAGCUGUGUGGAUGUGUACAUCUGAGACCUAUUGUCCUGACAGGCUUGGUGUCCUUGCAUACAUUCAUGUGCUGAUUGAGGUAUUGACCAGCAGCUUUGACAGAGAUGUAUGAUGUCACCUCCACCACCUUGAAAUCCUCAGAUGUUGUCCUGGCUCUGGACAAGUUUGAUGUUUUGCAUUAAAUGAUUUAAGGAUCAAUGGAACUUCAAUGGUCAACCAAUCUCUUUUUGUCUCAGGGAGGGCGGUGCAUGCUCAGCUGACAUAUGGCACAGGACCUACCGACGCUGCUCUGCCAACGAGGUGCAUCACAUCCGCCUGGAGGAAAGUAAAUUCUUCGGGGAAUACCAGGGCAAGAGUUUCACCUUUGCCUCCUUUCAUGCUCAUAAGAAGUAAGUCGAAUAAAUACACGUAUAGCCAGAGAAAUACUGACCUGCAGAGCUGACCUCGUUUCUACGCCCGCAGGUAUGGAGUAUGUUUGAUUGGAGUGCGCAGAUUGGACACCACCAACAUUCUGCUGAACCCGGGUCCCUGCCACAUCAUGGGAGCUUCUGACACAUGCUUUUACAUCAACAUCUCCAAAGAGGAGAACUCAGCGUUUGUCAGGGGCCAAAGGGAGCCAUCAUGGGGCGGCACGGGAGGAAAUGCCAGAGGAGUACAGCAAACCAUUUACCACGGACUCACCCGCCUCCCGGUCCACAGUAUCAUCGCCAGCAUGGGUCAGUCACAUGGGCGCAGCACAAAGACUGUGUAACAUUUACACACUGACCUUCUGUUCACAGAUUUUAUGUUGGUCAAACAUGCAAAUCUGUUAUUACACUGUCAAAGCCAGCAGCACAAUCACAGCUGUCGGGAUCAUUCAAUUCUUACAAUUCGAGCAUAUCUGUGUGAUGAAAAUAUUCAUAGCUUUUCCGUUGAGUUAUCAGGUAUCUGAUUACAAGUCACACAUUUGAUAAGAGCAACUGAAAUGUCAGAUAGUGUGGUUUCACCAAACACACCACCUGGUGGACAAGAAGGGAACUGUCCGACGUACAGGUUUUCAAUCCUUUAAAGGUGGGGGAGGCAGGAUCUGAGGAAGAGCCAGUUUUUGGGAGAAAUCUUGAAUGUAAACACUACCCCUCCCAACCUGUUUUCCCCUCAGCUCCUCCUCUCCCCUCCAUCUCUGCUCCAUCUCUACCAGCGCUACAGCAAGCAGCAGGUCCCAUUUGACAAGAAACACUUCUGUUACAUACAAUUGGUUUACUUUGUUAAAGUGGUUUACCUGUCCAGCAGAAAGGUUGCAGGGUACGUAAGAUCCUGAAGCGUCCCCCAUCGUUCACGCUGAUGUCGACACAGCUCUUGUCCGGUCUACCUCUGCUUUGAGCACCCGUUAUUCAGCUAGAGUCUCCGGUAUUUACUUCACUUUCUUGCUUGUGUCGGCAGUCGUGGCCAAAGGAGGAUUCAGACAAUUUUCUGUACUUUCUGAUUGGUCUCUACCGUCCGAUAUUGUAGCACGCUAACUUUGUUUGGGCUUGUGAACGACACAUGGGGCGAUAAUUUUUUUGUGGGAUGGUAGGGGAAAGUCCCGCCUCCUUUGCCUCUGAUUGGCUAGAAAAGCUGGAAAUGUCAUCGCACACUCAGGCCAAAUGCGAGCUGUCGGCUCUGUACAUCGAACAGAACAUUACAGAACAUUAUCGCACUUCUGAAUCUCCUAACACUAACCCGACAGACAAUGACGUUUUACAGCCAUAAAGAAUAACCAAUUGGAGCCCAGCACUUCUAGCCAAUCAGAGGCUUCUGCCUCACAACCAUAGACUGUAUGUAGAAUGGACGCCGUCUGCCUCCUCGCUGGGUGACGCCACUCCGAGAACAGCACCCUCUGUUGACGGGCUGCAGUAUAGGUCAUAAAUCCCGCCUCUGCCAGCAAAGCUUAUGGGGCUGUGGACAAACUUUAGAAAUUUAUAACACAAAACAUAAUUUUUCUACGCCCUGCUUCCAAUGUUGACAUGUAGUUACAAUCAAUAACUAAUAGCUAUUGACUGAUAUUAAAAGCCUUUUCGUAUAAACACCACAUAAAAAAGAUGCUUCUUUAACAGAAUCCUACCUUCCACACCUUUAAGUACAAUAUGAUUUACACAGAAUCAGAGUAAACACAGCUUGUAGUGUUCAAACCUUAAGCUUGAUCCCUGCCGGUCAAUGUGGCUAAUAUGCACAUGUAUGUUUUAGGCACAGUGGCCAUCGAUCUUCAGGACUCCAGUGACAGCAGCCCAGAGGGCCAGGACCCAGGAAGCACAGGACUUAACAGCGCAAGAGGAAGCAGGAGCAGCUCAAGGACAGAGAUGGCGGGGUCAAACACUUUGGCGCUGCCCGUGAUGGGAGAGACGGCAGAGGAGAGGCGGCACAGCAUCGCCCCAGUCCUGGAGCUGGUGGACGGCGUCAGCAACCCUGCCUUUGACCUGCUGGGAGACCAGUCAGAGGACGAGGGAGGGGAGGAGGGAAAGGAGGACAGCGACAAGGAUGAGAGCGCCCACUGGUGGGGUCGACACUGCGAGUAAGCAAUGAAGGUGCUGUUUGAAUGUUUAUUCAUGGAUGAGCUAAACGUGUUCAGACAUAACUGUGGGGUUUUUGCUACAGGUGGGUGAAGGGAUACCCGCUGAACUCCCCGUACAUUGGCAGCUCGCCUACGCUUUGCCACCUUCUCCAAGAAAAAAUGCCUUUCUGCUGUCUGCGCAUGGAUAAGGUAUGGGAUUUAAGCGGUUUUCCAUCCUUGCAUAAUUUCACAUUACUGUAAACCUCUUGUUAAAGGCACAUUUCUUCCCUCCCAGGCUUGUCACCACACCCUUUUUGAGGACGCCCGCUCCUAUGGCUUCAAAAACAAAUUGAUCAUUGUGUCCGCGGAGAGCGCAGGAAAUGGUCUAUAUAACUUUAUUGUCCCCUUAAGGGCCUACUACCGGCCGAGGAAGGAGCUCAACCCCAUCGUGCUGCUGCUGGAGAGCAUGUAAGAACAUAUUAAUGUUAAUAGGUGUGAUGCUGGCCUCCACCUGGGCUGUGUUACACGGUAGUGUGGCUCUAAAGUGCUGAAGCCAGGCCAAAAAUCUGGGUCGCACUGGACGGUAAAAUUGGUCCCUCCUGACAUGGCCAGCAGAGGAGAAAAAAAAUAAGCUAUUUAAGGACACGAUUUGUGAAAUGAUAAAUGCUUUUGGGACAAUGUAGUCCACAAACCUGUGUCGUGUUUUGUAGUCCGUACACAAAAGCAGUCAGCCAAAUGAGAGUUGAAUCCAAUAAAAAGGCCAUAAAAUGCUGAGUCACUCCUGUUGUGCGGUUAUUUUCAGCUCUUUUCUGCAGGCAGUUUGCCUCGGUUGUAUAUCCCAGGUUGAGUGAGAGGGGCUCUGUCUCCGUAGGGAUGUUUGCGCUUCAUCAUGUCACAUAUAAAUCUCGACUGGUGAGAAUCUCAUGUCUAUUUGUGUUUGGAUUGGUUCAGACCUGAGGCGGACUUCCUGGAGGCAAUCUGUUGGUUCCCCAUGGUUUUCUACACAGUGGGCUCCAUCGACAAGUAAGACAGACCAAAGCUCCCGGCCGCUUCCAUUGUUUAUAUUCCCGCUGUAUCCUUUACUAUUUCCUUAAUCUUUUUUUCAUUUAUGUGCUUUGUGUCUCUCAGAUGACUUAAUUUUCCCUCUGAUUUAUUCUUACUGCCCUUCAACACUGAUCUUAUUUUCCCUCCCACUCAGCCUCUCUCUCGCUCUCUCCUCAGUCUGGACAGUUUACUGCGAUGUGGAGUCACUUUCGCUGACACCAUGGUGGUUGUUGACAAGGAGAGCUCCAUGAUUGCGGAGGAGGAUUACAUGGCCGAUGCAAAGACCAUUGUCAAUGUCCAGACUCUCUUCAGGUUUGCUCUGCUUAAAUUUGCUCCACACUCUACCCUAAAGUGAUUUUUUUUUUGUCUUUUUUAUAUUUUAUGUUUUUUUUUCUCUCUAUUGCUUUUCUCCCCUCUAGACUGUUUCCAGCUCUUAGUAUCAUCACAGAGCUCACCCACCCGGCCAACAUGCGCUUCAUGCAGUUUAAAGUCAAAGACCACUACUCUUUGGCUCUGUCCAAACUGGAAAAGGUAAAAGCAUCACAUCAAAACAAAAACAAUAAUGACAAAAACAAUCAGAAAAAAAACGGUGUUGUUUUUUUUCUCUUACUCGGUAUUCUCGUGAUAGCAGAAUCGUGCUCAUUGAAUCUCUGUUAAUGUCUUCUCUGCCACAGCUCCUGUAAGUGAGCUAUUAUGAAUCAUUAAAGUCAAAUGUUUUUUUGUUCCUUGCUCCCAUUUGCUGCUUGUCAUUUUUAAAAGCUGAUUUUGUAAAUGUUGCCCCCUGUGUGGCUGCUGAUGAAUUUCCCCUUUGGGCAUCAAUAACAUUUAAUAACAAAUUAGUAAAGGGAUGGGCGUGAUUAUGAAAGAGCGUUUUGUGAAAUUUUGCCUCACAGCUGGAGGGACUUUAGGUAGAUUUCAAGGCUUUGUUGUGUGAGCACUGAUUUGUUCUGUAGAUUGGUUGUAAUCACAGGCUUUUCCAUAUAUAUUGAAUGUAUACAAAGGCAAGUGAACCUGGUUAAAAUGUAUGUGUAUGUCUGUGUGCGUGUAUUUGGUCUGCAGAAAGAAAGGGAGAAAGGAUCCAACUUGGUGUUUAUGUUCCGCCUGCCGUUCGCAGCAGGGAAAGUGUUCAGUGUCAGCAUGCUGGACACCCUCCUCUAUCAGGUAUCUUAAGAUCUUCAUCAGAAACAACGAUCUUCUGCUAAAACCAUCUGCUAUGAUCUAUUUCUUUUGACUUUUUGCUAUGCUCUCCUGAAAGUCAUUCGUGAAGGACUACAUGAUCUCCAUUACCAGGCUGCUAUUAGGUUUAGACUCCAUGCCGGGCUCCGGGUUCCUCUGUGCGGUAAGUCAACAAACUAAUACUAAAAUUUAGGGCUGGGUGAUAUGGCCUCAAAUCAAUGUCACGAUAUUUUGAGCAGUUCACCUUGAUAACGAUAAAUGGACAAUAACUACUCCACAAGCUGCUCACCCCCUCCCAAAUUAACUUCGUCUACUUCAGCCGCUACAACUUUUGAGCCAUCCUCCAUCUCCUCACCUGUCUUUCCCUCUUUGUUACGGACUGGAUGGGAUGGAGUAGGACCGGAUGAUUACAUGAUCUCAAUAAAUUUCAGUUUGAUCACGGAGAUCAGCUGUGAGCUUAUUUACUCGAUCGAACAUGGUGGAAAUGUGCGUCACAACAGCCAAUCGGAGUCAAGCUUUACCUGCUCAUUUCUGUAAGAUGUCGGAGAAGUAAACAGAAUGACCGAACGUGGAGCUAAAUACGGAGCUGAGGGCAGCAAAAUAGAUGUCAGCCAUGACUUUGAGUCAUCCUACAAAGAUGCCGUUGUUGAAACGAAAAGUUAUUCAACGUCGGUUGUGUGGCGGUGGAUCAGGUAUCUCCAAAGUGACGUUGAGUAAUUAAGUCGAUGGGCAAGGUAUGUCGGCAGUCGAUGCCCUCAAAAGCGGGCAAAACAACAAAUCUGUUUAGUUAUUUGAAGAAGUACUUCCCGAGUGAUUAUGUGGAAAGCAUGAAAAUGUACAGCCUGUCACUGCUGAUGGCACGAGUAGCAUUAGCAGUUUAGCCACAACUAGCAGUGCAGCCAUCGGACCAAAGCAGCGAUCAAUGGUAUCAUCUACAUUUACAUCAUCUAAUGUUUACAUUUAAGGCGUCUUCAUUAUCCCUGAGGGGGCGAUUUGUUUAUUUAAUAUUUAUCUAAAUUUGUUGUAUUGUUGAGUAAAAAUGUUUUUUAUAUUUUUCUAUGUUUAUUUUUUGUUUCUGUUUAUCUUAUUAAAUUUUCUUUGUUAUUUACUUAUUUUAUUUAUUUUAUUGCUAUUUACUUAUAAUCUCUAGUUUCUUAAGUUUUUAGUACAGAUGCAUUAAAACUUGCAGUUUAAAAAGGAAAAAAAUAGUGAUAGUAAUCGAGAUCGGACGAUAUGACAAAAUUUUUCGUGAUCAUAUUUUUUGCCAAAUCGCCCAGGCCUAGGGUGGAGUCAUGUCUCUGAUGUAGGACAGCGUCUUAAAGGGACAUGAGACCAUAACCUACCUAAACACAGCCAAAAACAACUUUUAUUUAUUAAUUUCUUUGACACCGAAUACAUUGACUUGGGCAGAAUGACGUUAGUUUUUGUCGUAAAUUUCAGUAUCUGUAAAUUUUCGGUUUAUCGCCCAGCCCUACUAAAAAUCCUUCUGCCUAAACUGUGAGGGGUGGUGAUGAUCCUGUUAUCUGUUUUUUUUUAGAUGAAGAUCACAGAGGAUGACCUGUGGAUUCGUACCUACGGCAGACUCUACCAGAAACUGUGCUCCUCCAGUGGAGACAUCCCCAUUGGCAUCUACAGGACAGAGGCGCACAAGCUCCCAGUCUCCGAGGUCAGUCGCUGCUGCUGUUACUCGCCCCUGGUUAGAGUCGCUGGAAAAGCUGCAAAAACACGUCAAGGUUUUCAAACGAAUAAGCUCCAGCUCAGCUCAAACCUUGCUCGGUGCCCUGAGAGGCUUUGUGUUUGUUACUGAAGUAAUUUACAGGGAAAAAAAUACCACUAAUUGAGCCAAACACUACCCUGAAGUGAGCUGGAAAUAUAAAAACAGGAUUAUUAGGACCAUUACAUAGAUUAUUGGACACUCUCUCAACUAAGAGAACUGUCAAGCUUCCUAUUUUGUAAAGACAUUAAAAGCAAAAUCUCACUAUUCCUCUCUAAAAAUAAAAACAGAAAAAUAAAUCUUCCCCCCUUAAUAAGAUUUUUUGCCAUGCUUUUUGAAGAUAUCAGAUCAGUUUCGGCGCUAAAUGAAUAAAUUUUACUGAAACAGUAAUUACCUGACUGAGAAAGCCGAGCUGUGCAGCCUCCGCUAGAUUUCUUUGGUUGUAUUCUGAAUCUCAAAUAAAGGCUGCUACCUGAAUAAGGCAGCCAAAAAUGCCCCAAAUCCUCUUCACAACAUCCUCUGCUCCCAAAUUUUGAGGAUGCCAAUUUUUGAUAUGAAAAGAACCGGUGUGUUUUGGAGCCAGUUUGCAACACAAGAGACGGCAGACAUCCAUGCUGAAAAAAGCCGGUGGAUCUUAAGGGUCACUGAUGAUGUUAAAUGACAGCACUGAUGUGGGGAGAACGGCGAAAUUUGAAGCUGCGCCUCAGAGAUGCAGAGGAAAUCAGCAACAAAUGCGGGCGAUUAUCACAUAAUGUUCCUGUCUCUGAUUGAAUGAAAAAGAAACAUGAAAACCAGCAGAUCAAACUCAUCAGCGUCCCGUGGACAGGGGCCUCACAGCAAAUGUUGAUGUAAAAUUUAGGUGGUGUUAAAGAAAAAACAUCUACAUCUACAUAUGUACGUGUAUGAAACAGAAAUAUGAUUAAAAUAAAGAAAUCAAUUAUGAAAUGCCACUAUUUUGCACUUUUAAGAGCUAAUAUUGAUUUAUUUUGUUUGUGUGUUGCAGUCCCAGGUAUCCAUCACAGUGGAAGACUACGAGGACACGAGGGAACCCAGGGAGCCCCUGUUGUCCCGGUCCGGUGCCCACCGUAACUCCACCUCCUCUGAGCCCAUCUCCACUUCUUCCCACUCCUCAGACCACCCGCUGCUCAGGAGGAAGAGCAUGCAGUGGGCACGGCGGCUGAGCAGGAAGGGAGGCCGAGGCUCUAACGCGGCUAAGGGGGGUCCCGGCAGCGCGGCGGAGAGGAUCAGCCAACAGAGACUGACCUUGUUCAGACGCUCCGAGAGGCAAGAACUCAACGCUCUGGUGCGAACGAGGAUGAAACACUUGGGCCUCUCACCAACUGGGUUCAGUAAGUCUAUGGUACUCCAUUUAUGAACAACAUGUCAGCUGUCCAUCUGUCUACUCUGGAGUGGAUUUUCUCCACUCUAUUUUGAGUUUAUUUUGUAAUUUUCUCAUCAUUAUUAUGCAGAGUGUUGGGCAUCUUUUGUUUGUUUGAGGCUACUCCAUGUGGCUGAUUUGUGUUUGAGAUUACAUAUUGAUCGCCACAUGGGUGCAAAAUGGAGCAAACAAUUGAAACAGAAAAGCUUCAUUUAUCUUCACUAGACUCAAAGCUUAUGAAAUUCUCACAUUUAAAUGAAAUAAUCUCAAUAUACAACUCAAACAUAAUCAUUUAUUUCCUGUUCUGUAUUUCCUCUGAUAAAGACAAUGCUGCUUUGGCCUUAAUGCCGUACUGUGAAAAAAUUAGAUCACUCAGAUGGAGAUUGAGCUCCUCUCAACUUCACGAUUUUUCAAAGAAGCACAAAUUGAAAAGUUCACAAAAAUCAACAGCACCCUCUGCUGGUAUAGACCAGAAACGCGUCUUAUUACUUUGCAGCUUAUCAAACUCCAGGACAUGGUGGAGGUGGUUGAGACACCAAAUGUUUUAUUAUUUCAAUUUAUCUAACCGGGAAAGACUCACAAACAAGUUGGAAAUCUCUUCUGUAAUAGUGUCCUGCUCAAAAUCAGCAGCAGAAUAUAGUUUAACAAAGUUGCUGAAGUGAAAAACUAAAAUAUCCCGAGUUGCAUAACAGAAAGUUCAGUCAAAGCACCUACAGCCUGGUGGUUCAUAUCCCUUCAACGCCUUUAAUAUAAUUCUAAAACAAUAAAAAGUAACACAGCUCCCUUAGACAAAAAUCCUCCAGCUGGAGCAUCUUACCUUAAGUACCGUUUCAGUCUUGCAAGUGGGUCACGGAGCAAAGUCUGUAAAGUCUGUAAAUGAACUGACUUGAAUAAGUUGGAGCAUCUCAAAUAAUAAAGUUGGUAACACUUUACAAUAACCAUGAUUUAUAAACGGUAAAUAGAUUUAUUAAUGUUUAACCAUCAUUUAAAAACAGCAUAUAGACCAAUCAUAAAUGCCAAAUAGAUAAUUUAUUAAUAUCAGUUAAUAGUGACUUUACCAUUAACAAGCAAUGAAAUUAUGAUUAAUAAUUUUCAUUAAUUAUUAAUGGACUAUUUAUUAAAAGUUUAUAUAGGGUUUAAAUAUUAGUUGUAAAACAUCUAGAGUAAAAUGUGUGUCAGUAGCAUUUUGUAAAUGGUUAAUAUUCAGUUUUUGAACCACCUAAAAAAAUUACUUAGAUGAUUAUUGUAAGUAAUGUUUAUAGAUGGUUUGAAAACUAAUGUUUGUAAUACUUUGUGAAUGAUUAAUAAGUGGUUUAUAACCCAUCUAUAAACAUUACUUAGAUGGUUAUUGUAAAGUUAGGGUUAAAAUUGUAAAAUUUACAAUUUAUUAAUGGUCUAUAUUCAAUUUAUAAAUGAUGAUUAAACAUUAAUAAACUAUCUGCUUACCAUUUUUAAAUGGUGUAUUUGCCAUUUAUAAGUUAUGUUUAUUGUAAAGUGUUACUGAAAAGUUUCCUGUACUUUAGUUUCUUUUACUUUUUAAAUCAGGUAAAAUUACUUUGACCCUGUCCUGAUGUUUGAACCUGCUUUCCAAAGAGGAAGAUUUAUGGGCAAUAUAAGCGAUCAAAAUGAGACUCUUAAAAAUACCAACAUUAAUAAGCAUGUAAGACAACAUGCCAAAUGACAAACCUGACAGAGUUGUCAGUGUGAUAAAGGCAUUACCUCUAGGUCAGCUGGUCUGUUAUUUUUAACUAUAGAUGUCCUCCUGUCUUGUGACUCACUGUACUGCUGGCCCUGUUCCUUCUGCGUACACGGAUGUUGCACAGCCUGCUGUAUAUCCUGCUUCUAUUUUAUUUCCUGCUUCACUCACCUCUUUUCUUCCUGUGUCAGAUGGGAUGACAGACCAAGGGAACAGACUGUCUUAUAUCCUGAUCAACCCUUCUCCAGACACCAGACUGGAGCUGCAUGAUGUUGUGUGAGUACACAGCCCGCAAAUAAAACCCCAAAAGCACCGCAAACGAGCGAUUCUCAGAUGAAGUGAUUAAAGGAGGAUUUUCUUCUUCCUUUUAUUUGAUCUGCAGGUACCUGAUCAGACCAGACCCCCUCUCUUUGGUACCAAAUCAAGGCAGCGGCAGGAAGUGCGGUGCGGGACUGUCAGAGAGCCACAGGUUCGAUACACAGGACAGCACCCAUCUGUGAGAAAAAGACAAAAAUAAUGUCGAAACAAAAAGACAAACUACAAUAUCGCACCUAUGACACAGAGAUCAAGAAACAGUGAAAUGGAGGGGGGGUGCGGCCUUUUGGCACACGGGCCUCGAAUUUUCUCAACAUUCAGUCUCUGUGAACUUUCAGAGGAGCCGGACAUGCAUGGACCUUUUUUCUAUAACGCUGGGAAUGUUUAUUUAUGCACCUUCCUAUUUACAAAAGUGGAGAGCUGCGGACACAGAAGUGCAUUUAAUGAAGAACUGUAUGUAUUUAUAUCUGUGUAUGUGCAUGUUAUCUACUGCAUCAUGUAUGUGCAGUCAGUGUGUAUGGUUGUGUGUGUGUGCGUGUGUGUGAAUGGAUGUGUAUGUGUGCUUAUGGAUCAUGAAGCAAGACACUGCCAAUUUAAUCCGGACAGCCAAAGAAACCUGCUGCCAAAAUGAAGGCUGACUGAUGUUAUUUUUUUGUGUCCCUUUCUGUGUUGUUGGAGUGUUUUGUCACACUCUAUGUUGUUCGGUAUAUUUGAAAGGGACUCUGCAGUUUUUCGUAUCCUACAAAAGGUUCUUUUUCUUCUUUCUUUUUUUUGGUCUUCAUAAAGCCUUUUCAGGUUUUUCUUUUUGCUGGUUUAACACACCUUUCACGUUUUCUUUCUCACACAUAUCACGCUCACCAGCAGUGGAGGGAUCCAAAGAGCUCCGGCCCCACAGUAAUGGUCAUGAGUAGACAGCCUGGACACACCAUCAUUUCAGGGCAUUCAGUCAUUUUACAGUCUGAACUACUUCAACACUGCAUCUGUGUUUUUUUCUUUUCUUUUCUUUAUUCCUCUGAAAGCCCGGCUCUCUCUGCUUCUGUCUGUCAGUCCUGUCACCAGCUCACUUUGCUGACAUGCAUGAAGGGAUGAAGAAAACAGCAGGAGAGUUUCUCUUUAUAUUGUGAUACCCAGUACAAUACCCCUGCGACGAACACUACCUUUGUAAAGCUUAUAAUGUCAGAUUUUUCAAGUCGUCUCAGUUUUGGAGCUUUUGACUUAUAAACUUCACAAUCAAACAUAAUCUGUAUUUAUUGCUUACUGCACUAAAUCUUUACUUUGACAUAUUAAGUCAUUAAUUUACUGGUUAAGAAUGAAAAUCAAUGACAUAAUUUUAUUGUUUUUAUUUAAGAAAUCAAACCUGAUUAAUUCAUCCGGUGGUUUAUGAUCAAUCUUCUUACAACGGAGUAUUAAGGCCACAUUAAGAUAAAUUAAGACUUCGAGAUUAAAGUCGCUAAUUUAUGAGAAUAAAGACAUUACUUACAAGAAUAAAGUCGUAUAAAAUUAUUAUGAUACUUAUGAUAAUGUGGUGCUGAUGUGCCAAAAGAUGAAGUAUCUCCCUGUUUUAGAAACCUAUAUUGAAGUACGUUUUCACGAAAUGCUCCAUGGCUCUUAUUUCAACAACUGUCAUCAUAAACAACAGGUUAGAAUAUUGGGACUUUAUUCUGACUUUAUUCUGACUUUAUUAUUACUCAAUUAUGACUUUUUAAUCUCUAAAUUUCUACUUAGUCACGAAAUUUUGAUUUUUUUAAUCUCAAAAUUCCAACUUUAAUCUCGAAAUUUCACCUUUUUUCAAAUUUCGACUUUACUCUCAAAAUGGAAAUUGAAAAAAAUCUCUCCUUUUGUGGCCCUAAUCUUCUUUCGUAAUCUUCUUGUCUUUUUUCCUAAUAUUCUAGUUAUUUAAUGACGUCUGACAUGAUAUUUUAUCCUGCUUUGUUAGUGUAAAUCGUUCGGCGGGGGUAGAAAUUUUUUGCUGUUUGAUUACCAAGGAUUUGAAAAUUUGUACAUUUUAUGUCCGAUAAUUUGAUUGUGCCAUUUCAUACAGAAAUGGGGCAACCCUGUGGCAGUGUACUAACCAGCAUCCCUGCCAACACAACUGCUGUAGCUUUAGUGCCAUUAUAACAGAUGAAAAUAUGUAUAUAUUAAAGUAAGUCAUUAUAGUUUGUCA